CGCCCACGCCUGCACACACAUACAUUGUAACAUAAACUAACACAACGUUCCACUUCCAUACAUCGUUUUUACAGGGGGCGUUUAGCUCCUGGAUGUAAAUUAAAUUCUCUCCAGUCAGACAGAUACACAAGGGUGAUAUCUCACAGACAGAGGACGCACUAAGCAUAUGAGUGGCACAUAAAGUGGAUGCAGAUGGCAUACUUGUUUGGUAAGUAAUAUAAAUUCAAAAUAUGUUGGUUUUUUUUCUGAAUAUGAACUGUGUGCUGGGAUUAUACAGGGUUAACCUCUCUUCUCUCAUUCUCCCUCUCUCUCAAAUAUUUUUCGUAUGUCGCAAUUUCUUAUCUUUCUCCUCUUUGUUUUCUGAUUUAAUGUUCUAACAAAGAUGUGUGUAUAUAUUACAUAGCAUUCACUAAACACCUCUUGGUGAGCUGCUAACCAAAUUGUAACAUUCGAGCUCAGUUAGUCAAGCUGGCAGUAUAGCUAAGCUUGGAAAUUUCCCCAAUCAGCUAUUUUGGGCUAACUUUUGCAAUGGUUUUUUUUUUUAAAUUCACUGUAAUGAUCAGUAAACUUCACACAAAACUCAGCAUCUUUUUAUUUUAUUUUUUUGUUCUUUUUUUAAUUCGGAGGAAAAAAGCUGUAAUGCAUGUUUGCUGACCCCAUUCACCAAUGCAAUGUAUAAUAUUAAUAUUUUGGGGGUAACCAGUUUAUUCAAUGCAUUGUUCUCUGUUCUUAUUGUGUUGCAAUGACUGUGUGAUUGGUGAACAAUGCAUCUCUUUCAAAAAAGGGAUAAGAGUCUGCACAAGGCAUAUUUAAAUUGUUUACACUGAUUUAUGUGCUAUCUUUUUACAAAAUAACUCACUAGAGCAAGCCAGGAUGUUUUUUUCUGUGGUGUCAAAUUAUGUUGCUAAAGUAUGUGCAUUUUUGUGCAGUACUCCCCCUCCCCCACUCCAUUAUGUAUUAAACUCAGAAUUCUAUCAUUGCUGUUAUGGUUGAAUGGCUAAGCUUUAUCCCGAAGGUUAUUAUUAAUAUUAUUAUUAUUUUAUUAUUUAUGUUCAGGCAUUAACAUUGUUUGCCCCAUCCCCCAAUUAUUACCCUCAAAUCCUUUUAUCUUAUCUAUGUGAUAAACUAACAUUCUGGCAGAAGUGGUCUUGGUUGUCUUAGAAAAUAUAUAUAAAACAGUAGUGGAGUUUAGUAAAUAAAUUGGGAUUUGUGGAGAACUGAAAAGGAAAGGAUAUUGUAAUUAUACAACUAUUUGUCCAUCUUGGCUUUUAUGACCCAGGGUUUAUCUUGUCAAUUAAUCCACAAAUCGUAGUUUACUGAAUAAACAUCACCUUUCAACACAAAUAUUACCAGUUAACCAAUAACACUUGGCAUUAAAUCAGACUUUUACAUUUUGGAACUUAGUAUCUGUGAUUUAGUUUAUCGAUUAUUAGCAAUUGGUAAUUUAUGUUGAAUAAUCAAAAUUUAUGUUCAAUUGUACGACAUUCACAUUUUCUAAUUUGAAAUUGUAGGCCAUAUUAGAAAAUUAGUCCUGUUUCCAGCUAACGUAUUUUGUCAUAAAAUGUGAAACUUUCUUUCAUAUUUAGUUCUCACCAAUGGUAAAGUUGAGUGAUUUAUAUUGUGGGUACGUUUUGGCAGGGCUUUCUUCACCUGCUGUUCUCGUAUGCCAUAUAUGUUUUUUAGUUUUGUUAGAAUUAUAGAUCUGUCUUGUUUCCGAUUGUACAGAGCUGCGGAAUAAGUUGGUGCUAUGUAAAUAACUGUAAUUGUAAAUAUGCAGCGAGCAACCACCAAACCAGGAAGUGACUGAAAACCACUUCAAUGAUAUGUACAAUGUUCUCAUAGAAAUCCGUGGUAGCUCCUUGAUCUAACAUUUCUGUGUGAGCAUUGUACAUGUACAUUAAAGUCUUGCACAGUUUUAUUAUAUGACAUUUGUAAUUCAAUGGUCUGCAUUCUAGGUUCGGCUGUUACAAUAUAAGUUUCAUGCAGGGAAUCCAUAAAUCAGACUAUUUCAUAAUAAUACAGUUAGAACUGGUGAUGUCGUGUACAGCUGGCCAUUAAAAUGGAACUGUCACUUCACUGGAAAUUACACUAUUGAAUAGAAAAUUGAAAAUCACCUAUACCUUGCAAUAACCUGUUUUUCAUGAGAUUCUCUUGUUUUCUUUUAAAUUUGUUUUAAAGAAUUGGAAAAAUAUGUCGCAGUCCAGGCAUAGUCAGGGCAUACAUUAUAAAUAACAGUAAGAAAUAGAGACAUCGUUCAAUGUCUCCUUUUAUCUGUAUGCUCUCUCCAUACUGCCAGAUGGAGGCGUGCAGCUGCUGGAAAAAGACGUGUGAAUUUUAAAAAUUCUAUUUUACACCUGAAUUAUUACAAACAAAUUAUUAAAAAUCACAGUAAGUGAGGUUUCACUGUUAAUAUUAAAAUUCUUGGUAGAUGUAUAUAUUUUUUAAAACCAAGUUAAAACUUUACUAAUUUAAAGUUAAAGCCGGAGCCCAGCCUGAUAACCGAUUUGAUUGUAGCGAUAAAACUGUCUGUGCACAGUGCUAGACAAAUUGCUAGAAACUAUGUACAUUAAUAGACAAUUUUUUUAGAUGUGAUUUAUAUAUGUUUAACAUGCUCAAUAAAUUCAAAUAAAAGAAUAACAAUACGUUUUUCUGCUGUCUCGUUAGAAUGAAAAACAAUCCUAUCAUUAAAUAUCUUGCCAGAAAAAAACAAUAGCUUGCAUUUGUUAACAAAGAAAUGUUUAUUUUAGGACAGAAAUAAAAAAAGUUUCACAAACUAGUUUCUGUAUCAAGUGAUAGACUAAUUGCAACAUUGGAUCUCUAUGCAGAUGGAGUAAGUUCAUUUUCUAAACCUGUAUUUCAUUUAUUUGUCCCAUGAAUUAAAUGAUUAGCUAUAUAUAUAUAGCUUUUAAAAAUUAGGGAAUCUGUCGGUAAUGUCUUUUAAUGCUGCAAGAAGCCCGUGGUAGAUGCAGAUCCCAUUCACAAGACAGACUUUUUUACCCACUAAAACCACAUUACAGCAGCUGUUCCUGCUCAGGAGUACCAGAUUCAACAGUUGAUGUGUUUCAGUGUAGGCCCUUAAUCCACCUCCUAGCAGCUGGUGAGUUUCAGCUUUAGCACCACUUAUACAUAUAGGCAAUUUAGCAUAUUCUAUUGAUUAAUGUAAAAUUCCUAUUGGUUGAUGUAGCUUAACUUUCAGGAUCAAUAUUUUAUAAUUAUUUUUUUUAUUCGUCUGGCUUAGGUCUUUAUGGAGAAUAUGUCACUGCUUUACUGGAGCCAAAAGAACUGUUUAUAUUUUUAAGUUGAUUUUGUGGUGUGUAGCCUGCACUAGGCUUAUUAGAGAUAGUCAUUGCCAUCAGGGUUCAAGUGUCAUUAUUCUGUGGCAGUUUUGUCUAAUUUUCAGCAGUGCUUCUGCUAUGAUCCUUUAGCUUUCUAUCAAAAAUUGCUGCUGUUAUGAAACAUGGCAGAACUAACACAGAGAGGGCCCCUGUGCAAGAAUGUUUUUUGGGCCCCCUGCUAUCGCAAGGGUGGCCAAAAGGUAGACCCCCAUAGACUCACACGUCCCACAAUGCUUUACCAGCUGGGAAUCUGCCACUUGCCUAUCCAUGCAGGGUUGUGUUUAACACUGAGCAGUGUUUGUGUGUUUGAAUUUAAGCUUAUUUUUGUAUAGAGUAUAUAUGUGUGAAUGCAGGUGAGAAUUUGUGUGUAGUGUUGUUGUUGUUUUUUAAUGCAGGGGUUUGUUUAUAUAUAAUGUAGGUGUUUUACUACAGAGGUGUUUUUGUAUGAUGUUUCAAGGCAGAGAUGUAUUUGUGUGUAGUGUUGGCGUUUAAAUGCUGAUUUAUAUGCAAAUAUACACAUACACUGUCACACCCACAUUGAUACACAUAUACAUACACUGACAUACAUACAGACAUAUACUUACAAACACUGACAUACAUACAGAUUGAUAGACAUACAAACACACCCUGACACACAUGCAAAUACACAGACACACAGAUGCAUGUACUGAUACAGAUACAUAGACAUACAUAUACUCAUAACACAUACAGAUACAAACACUGACACACAUGCAGAUACAUAGAUGCAAACAGUGACACAAAUAAAGAUACACAGAAGCACAUACUGACACACAUACAGAUACACAGAAACAGAUGACACACAUACAGUUACACAGAAACACACAGUGACACACAUGCAGAUACAGAUACACAUCCAUACAGAUGAUUUCACUGACAAACAUACAGAUAUACAGACACCUACAAUGACAAACAUACAGACACACAUGCUGGUCAUAUUUUACCCAAACUUCUGUUUUCUACCUUUUUGGUGUAGUAGGGUGGCUUCUGGUGACCCCCUCCUCCUCUUCAUUUCCCUCCCGCACAGCUCAAUGUAUGUUAUCAGGGAGAAAGUGACAUGUAUUCACUUCCUCCCAUGCUGGCUGCCGAUAUUAAAGGGGCCUUGUCGUGCUGUUUAAGGAACAUGCCCAUCUGAUGGCUCAAGGUGCAUGGGCCCCUUAGCAUGCCAUGGGCCAUGUGCAAUCGCUGGUAGUUCUGCCACUGCUGAUAGACUAAUACCAUGUCAGUAACUCCAGACUCGCUGUCAGCGCUUAGCAUGCAGUGUGCAUAUGGCUAAAGCAUCAACAUACUUAUAAACUCCUUACUACCUUUGUAGCUGCCAAUAUAAUUAAUCUGCAGUGGUAAUAAGGAGCCAAGAAGUAGCUGACAUGUUUAAUAUAAUCAACCAUCAUAACAGAUCUCAGUCCUCGUAGUCACAGCCGCAGUCAUGCAGUUUGAAGCUUCACAACUUUUCAACUAGCCACAGCAUGAGUGUCUCAGGUCUCUCAUGAGUAACUGAAUACUUUAAAGAAGUUGGUGGGUAUGUGCAGUAGGUGGUGUUACAAUUGUCAAUGACAGGUAGCACAGUGUUCUCUGUCAGAAAUGCCCCCCUCCCCUCCCCCCUUGUUACCCUUGCUUUAUAUAUAUAUAUAUAUAUAUAUAUAUAUUUAUUUAUUUUUUCCAAUUAUAUAUUUCCUUGCCUAAUCAGCCCUCAGGCAGUCACUGGUGCUAUUGAGGGAGAGCAAAAGAUAAUAUUAUACACUUACAUUCGGCUGGGGCCAGAAGCUACUGGCUUCUUUCUUCUCUCUCCUAUUUUGAUAUUUGAUAUUAGCCAAUGAUGGCCCCUGAAAAAAGCGGCCAAUAGCAUAUCUCCACUGAUGGGCAGCUGGCUCUGCUGCCUGAAUGUCAACUCAAUGGAAAUUCCUGAAUGCUCUUCUUAAAGGAGCUUAGGCAUGUGCAAAAUCUGCUGAAACAGGGCAGAUUUCAAACCAGCCCCAAUUCUUUGACAUGGCUAGAUGCUUCCAAGCAAUAUUUUCUAAACAGUUAAAAAUUGGUGAGGCCCUGCCCCAAGUGCCCCUAUGGACGAGCCAACGCUGCUAGCACUGUAAACGUGGAAGGGAGUAUCAGUAGCUCCACAUUAAUGUCCUUAGUGGUCCUUACAUUAGCAAGGUUAAUUGAUUGACCUGGGGGUUCCUUGCAGAGCAUCUUCAGCAUAUCAGUGCAUUCCUGGUUGGAUAAGCUUAAAGGACCACUAAAGGCACCCAGACCACUUCAGCUUAAUGAAGUGGUCUGUGUGCCUGGUCCAGCUAGGGUUAACCCUUUUUUUUUAUAAACAUAGCAGUUUCAGAGAAACUGCAUGUUUAUAAAUAGGUCAAUCCAGCCUCUAGUGGCUGUCUCUUGACAGCUGCUAGAGGCGCUUGCAUGCUUCUCACUGUGAAAAUCACAGUGAGAAGACGCAAGCGUCCAUAGGAAAGCAUUAUGAAUGCUUUCCUAUGAGACUGGCUGAAUGCGCGCUCAGCUCCUGCCGCGCAUUCAGCCGAAGAGGAGGAGGCGGAGAGGAGAGCACCCCGCCCGGCGCUGGAGAAAGAGGUAAGUUUAACCCCUUCCUCUCCCCAGAGCCCGGCAGGAGGGGGUCCCUGAGGGUGGGGGCACCCUCAGGGCACUAUAGUGCCAGGAAAACGAGUAUGUUUUCCUGGAACUAUAGUGGUCCUUUAAGACUGAUAAUGCACAGUAGGGACUCCAACAGAACACCCUGGACGCCACACUGGGUAGUAGUGCUUGUGGUGCACUAAUUUAUAGUUAAGCUGAGGAAAUAAGCAUCCCACUCCCAGUGGUGUAUCCACUGGGGUGCACCAAGGCAAAUUUAUGUUUGGCUGGCAACAAUGGCUAACUGAUGUGUUAACCCCAGUCUACUCCCAAAUGUAUGCAUACAAACUGUAAAUAAAAAAUGCCAGGGUUCCCUCUCAUUUAAUUGAUUUGUUAGGCAGGGCAUCAGGGUAAGUGUCAUUGCGGAAUUGGCAUACUUAAAUGAGUGCGGAUACAUCACUAUGAAUAUUUGUAAAUUUGUGUUUCCAUAUUUGUGUAAAUAUAUGUGUCCAACUAAUUUGUCACAAAUCACGCAGCGCCUGUCCCGAGCUUGGGCUCUGAAUCCUCCACUGCCCAUUGCUGGAAACUUAUGUCACUGGUGCCCAUGUUUAUUCAAAUUCAAGUCCAAAAUAAAAAAUGUCCAAGUCAGCCUUGCCUCCAUUUCAGCUAUUUUGGCAUUAAACGUGAAAUACACUUUGCAUUCACUUUGAAUUCUUGGCUAUAACUCUGAUAAAUUUCUCCCACAUUUCCUUUUUCUCCUCCUCAUUUGCAAAGUGUGUUCUAGUUGAGUCUGGACUGAACUGAAUUGUCCAGUCUCAACCUGUAAUCUACACGUAGAAGAAAAUGGCGCAUCACAUGAAAACGGUUAACUCGUGUUCAAUGUAAUUUCCACAGUUUUAUUGACUGGUAUUUUUCAGAAAAGUGACACUUCGGUUCCAGAGUCAGACUGUAGAGGCAGUUUGUGCAUAUAGGCCAUGUAUAUAAAUCUGUGGUUAUGUUUUUUGCCCAUUAGUUUGUUAAUGUGACUAGAAGGAAGGAUGUGCUUAAAGGACACAUAGCUAAGCAUAUUUUAAUGCUAAAGUAAUGUUAAGAUGAUUAAAUUAGUGCAGCAUUGUGGGUGUAGGAAGUAAGAGGGGGUGGAUAGACAGAUACCGCCAGUCUUCUCCAUCUUUAGAAUUAAUACAUUUCAAGAAGAUGCUAAAAUAUCACUAAAAAAAAAAAAAGUGUAGAACAUGUUUUUUUUUUUUUUUUAAAUGUAUUUGUUUUGCUUGAAAUUUCAUGUUUACAUACAUUUAAGAAAGAGGUCAAGUAGGUUAAAAGAACACUUCAAGCACCAUAACAACAACAGCCCGUUGAGUGGUUUUGAUGACAGUUGUGCCAUGCUACCAUCCCAGGACAAGUAGUCAAAGUAAGAACGCUUUGAUUAUGUACCUGGGGUCUCCUCCUCCAAUGAAGCAGGAAGCUCCUGGAAGGAGCUGAUGUUAGUUCCACUGAACUAAGCCCUCCUCUACAGGGCUGGGUCAUUGGCUGAGCAGAGGCAUUAUAAGGUGACGUUCCAUAGAGUAAUAGGCGUAAUUAUAUUAUAUAUUAUUGUUAUAUGGAGUGAUAGGAGGGGUUAUAGCGAGAGAUUAAAUUGAGUAAUAGGAGGCAUUAAAUGGAGUAAUAAAAGCAGUUUGUGAAAGAAUUGCAGUUUUUCCACUAUUGAAGAGUCAUUUUUUCCUACUUUAAAGUUGUACUCACACUCCGCAACCUUUCACCAGGCUCAUCCACACUUUCCAACCCACCCCGCGAACGAGCUUCUGAAGGGAAGACGCCAGCCUCAAAGCGGUCACUCUAAAUCUUUAAUCAGGUGGCUAUUCAACACCAUGAGUGCAACCAGAACGCUCUUUUGAUCGAAGGAGGCGGAGGGAGAGAACUGACGUCUGAGGGAUAAUUAACUUAGCGGUUGCUGAUCUUGUUAUCUCCCAGACUCAGAGGUGCUAGGGUGGGAUUUUCAUUGUUCAAAUCAUGGACCCCCUGUUGAGGUUGUAUGUAUAAAAGCAGUUGUUAUUCACCCUUCACUAAGUCCUGACUAGUGUUUGGGUGAGACAGCUAUAACAGCUAUAAUUACUCCAGGUAUUCAGGGCUGAAUGAGAGGGACCCUUGACGGACACACUCAAGCUGAGCUCCAUUAACCCCUUAAGGACCAAACUUCUGGAAUAAAAGGGAAUCAUGACAUGUCACACAUGUCAUGUGUCCUUUAGGGGUUAAACAGUUAUAGCUAGAAGCAGUGCUGUCUUUACAGCAGGGCAAAAGGGACAACUGUCCUGAGCCCUAUAAUUUACAGGGGCCCACAGCAGCUGUCCUUUGGCAAAGACGGGUACACUUGUAUUCCUCGUCAGCCUUUUCCUCAUUGUUCGUCCAACUUCCUAUUCCUCAUUGUCCGCCCGCCUUUGUCACUCACUCACCUGGCUGCCUAGCUUGGCUGAUCUGUUUGCUGGAGCUUCACUGUGGAAACUGACACCAUCCCCAAAACAGCUCAGAGUCCACUCCCAUGCCUUCACUAUUUACAAACUUGCCAACAGUCCAGUGCUUGGAACUUGUGCUGCAGGCUCAGACUUUACAUGGUCCCCUGCCAGCUGGCCAUUCCCCUGCGCGGCCUCAGUGCUGUUUGCAAGUAAUUACAUUUCCUUUCACAUCCUCCUGACGCACAGAGAGCCAAACGAGGAUAGGGAGACAGGAGAAGGAGGAGUUGAUGGAGCCUGGACGAGUGGCGGCCCACUCCCAUCAGCUACAGCCAGCCCCAACCUAGUCUUACCUGCUGCUCUCCAGUCUCACUGGACCCCAUGAAAGCCUCCCUACUGCACCCAAAAGGUAGAAAAUUGGAAGGUUGCUAAAUAUAUGCAAUGCAUAUGUAUAUUUGAAUGUUUGUGUGUGUAUUUAGUCGAGUAAAUCUGUGCGUAUGUCUGUAUGUGUAUCUGCCUGUGUUUCUGUACAGGUGUAUAUGUGUGUCAUUUUGUGUAUGUGUGUAAUUGUGUCAGGCCCCUGCUUCUCAACCUCCUUAUAUCACUCUUCCUCGCCGCAUCUCCCUCUUUCUUCACUGAGGCUGUAUUUGUAUCUGUGUGACACUGUGUGUAUCUAUCGGAGUGUUUCUAAGGCAGGGUAUGUGCGUGUGCAUCUGUCUCUGAGUGUUUGUAUCUGUGUGUCAUUGUGUGUGUAUCUGUGUGUGUUUAACUGAAUAUACCCCUGUAAUCAUAUGCCAACACUACACAAAAAUACACAAUUGAAAUUGCAUACAGAACUAUAAAAAGAUACCUACAAUAAAAUACACAGACACUACACACUCCCACAUACAAAUGCCAACAUUACACACAAAACACACCUGCAUUAAAAUAUGAACACUACACAUAAAUACACCCUUGCAUACACACAAAACUCCUAUCUUCAAACAAUUAGUUGUGCCACAUAAGAAAAUGAAGUACAUUGAAAAAUGACAUGACACAAUAGAUUAAAAAGAAAAUUUGAUGAAAAUUAGAUGUAAAAUAGUUUUGAUAAAUCUCCCCCCAAAGUGUCCAUGGACAUUUUUGAAAUGUUUGAAACAGUGGUAAUGCAGCAUUUUGUUUAUCACAUACUAAUUCCUCCAUUGUGAAAUCAAAUCACAUACAUUUAAUAUUAUAAUAACACAUAGGAUGUUCGUGUCAUUUAUAUUUGUUAUGCAAUCCAAAAUAAAGUGAUAUGAAUAUCUCAUAUGCACUCUGUACUGUUAAAGUAAUGUGCAGUGGAGGGGGGGGGGGAGGGGGGUGGCAGAUGAGCAGACGUCUGCCCAGGGCCCAAUUAAUAUUAAGGAUGGCCCUGGUUUAAGGUUAUAUAAAGAGGUGACAUAUUGGGACAUUUUGUUUUACAACUGGAGGGUGAUACAAAACAGUGUUUUGUAUAGAGCAGUGGGAGUAUCUGUAAAACGAUAUAUGGAGCACAAACAAUAACUCAGUGCAGUAUAGACUGGUGUCAUGUAUUGAAUGUAUAACUUGGCUUUAGCCCUGGAGAGAAUUAAUCACAGACACUGCACAGAACCUUAUUAGAAUGCAGUCAUGGAAACAGCGCUUAGAACGUUAUCAGUGAAUACAUGUAUAGGUGCACCCCUCCCCGGUAGGUUUAUGGCACUUUAAAAAGUAAGAAUGGCGGAUCGGGCCGUGCAGUGAAGGGGUUAAUAGUAACCUGAGUAGGCGGCUCCUUCCCAGCUCUGUCACACCUUGGAAGGGCCUGGUGUAUGCUUACAGGAGCUGGGCCGUACCGCUGGCACGCUGCGGCUUGUCCCGACAUUGUGCAGUAACCGAAAGCUGGAGGGGGGAAAGGGAUGCUGAUCGCCCCCCACAUGGACGGACUGACUGAGGCUGCAGGGUGAUACUGCGAGGAGUAAGCACAGGUAUGGGAUAACUCCUAGUGAAGUUAAAUCAGUGUAUGGUAGAUGGAAGGUGAUGACAAAAUCAAACAUUGGGGAAAGAGACAGUGUGUGUGUGUUGAGCGUACUGGAUUUGGGAAGUCAGGAGUGUGUGCACCGAUUCAAAGUAACCUUUAACGAGAACACAAAUGUCAUUACUAGUAUUAACACCAAGGGAAGACAUGGGGCGGGUGGGGACUCAUUAGUAGGAACAUUCUUGGUUUAAGGAGGUGCAUGGAACAGGAAGGAGGAGUAGGGGGGGGAAUGCAUGAGUUGGAAAAUUAUUGCAUUCUUAAGACUUGUAAAUAUAAAUUUAUGUAUGUCCUUGCCUUUCAGAAGGGUUGGUACUCCUUUUUUUUUUGGUUUGUUUGUUUGUUGAAUAAAUGCUUAAUUGUAUUAAAUUUAAAACGAAUUGACACAUUUUGUCAAAAAGAGAUUAAUUGGACAGAAAAAAAUAAAUCUAAAUUUAACUUAUAAAUGUAAUACUAACACAUAAGAGUUAGGGUUUUGGUGAGAGAGCUGGCACUCUUUUACUAGUAGUACCUCUAAAGAUCUUUGAGGAUUGAGUCCCAGCACUGCAUUUUUCAAAUGUGAAAUUUAAUUUAUAGUCACAGUUUGGCUGGUUCUAGCCUUAUUGUGCUAAUUGUUUUCCUGUCACUGAGCUGCAUUUGCUAUUCACUAAGUGUACUUUUCUUGUCAAAUUGUACUUUAAACGUUUAGGGCAAACUAAAUAAAGUGAAAACAGAGCUACCUUUUCUUCAACUCGGCCAUUUUUGGCUAAAAUUGCAAAAGGUCACAAAGAGUUAGGUUAUAUAGCUUGACCAUGUCAAACUAUAGUGUGGCCCCCAACAGUGUCUGAGGAACAGUGAACUGGCACCUUGUUUAAAAAGUUUGAGGACCCCUGGUUUAGUUUGUAGACAGUGAGAACUGGUUUAGUUUGUAGACAAGAAUCCUAGCUAUCCUUGUUCAGAUAGCUGUGGUAGGAAACCUGAGACUGUUUAUGUCAACCUCUAAAAGCCGAUAGUGAUCAGACUCUCAAAACAGGCAUUGGCUUCAUUUGGUAGUUUAAAUGGUUACUCCAAGCACUAUGACCACUUCAGUGUUUUGAAGUGGUAAUGGUGCCUGGAAUCUGUAUGAAAUGUUGCACAGACAGUUUAACCUUUGCUGCUGGAGGUGUAACUCCACUUACUGCAGCGUCAUUUGUGCUUUAUCAUAAGGCCCAGAAAAAGCAUUCUGGGCUGGCAAAUCUAUACACAUUUUCAUGCACAAUGUUCCAUUCCUGGGCCCAGAGGGGUCAGCUGUCCCUCUCAGCCAAUAAAUGGCGACUGGAUGUUCAUCCAGUUUCUUCACCUCUGCAGAAGACUGGAAGUGUACCAGAGGGGAAAGGAGCCUCGUCAACCAGAUGGUAAGAGGGCACACACUGUUGCUAAAUUGCUUGUCAUAGGCUAACGUACUCCUGGCAUUACAAUGGGUUGUAGUAGUUAUGAUGUUUGGAGUAACCUUUUAAAGGAAAAUGUUGCUUUUCCUUUUUCCAUAUACUAUAUAAGAGACUCAUGUGCAUUGUUAACAAGACCGUUGGCACCUAAUGGUUGUGGUGGACGGAGUAUCCAGAUGCCUCUUUACCUGGUCCUGCCAGGUCUGCUCCGUAGACCACUUUACGACAUCUGGCUUCUGCAGAGCUGUAAAAGCCGUCUGUCGAUCCCAUCGCUCAUUCAUUGCCUGAGAGCGUAAGCUGACCAAUGAAUUAGUGUCUGUGCAUCAAAGUUUGCACAGAACUGACAUUAGCCCCGUGAUGCUAACAGAGGUGGAGAUACACUUUCGGGAGCAAAGGGGUUAAAAUCUGUAUGUGCAAUGUUUCAUACUGGAAUGCUGCAUGUACAGACUCCAGGCACCAUAAUCACUUCAAAUCAGUGAAGUGCGCAUGGUGCUUGGAGUACCCCUUUGAGAACUAAAAUAUAAAUUGUCAGGAAGUCAGAACCACAAGAUUCCACAAAACAAGUGAGUAUUUAUUUACUAAACUUUAAAUUGUAGCAAACGGAAUCUAAAGGUCAACAUAUAAUUGAAUACAGGAUGUGACGAACAGUAUGUACCCAGAGUGGUAUGUUCGUCUGAAGAUCUCUCGAACUCCUGCAAGACUCAAGACUCACACAAGUGAAUAUAGCGCUCUCUCUAUCACAUACCCAAACAUCAGUUGAGACUUGAUGAAGGGUACAAAGACUGAUUUAUUAAGGCCAAGUCGCCUGUUUAUAUACAUGACCCUCAGCAUGGGGUCCCUUUUCAUACAGCAAUAAACCGUCCCAGGCGUCUGUGUCUGGGAGAUAAUUAGUUUAAGCAAAAGCAAAUUCACUUAUCUACCAGGCACUCAAGGUACAAAACAUAAAACACCCCUAAAUACAUAUAAAACAGAUUGGAACCCCCACAGGUAUUAUAUCUGAGCGCACGUGGUCAAAUAGCGCACAGAUCCAUCCAGUGUAAUGGAAUUGCCAUCAGUGUAAAGUUUGGACUGGCCGCCCACGUGGAUGUUUCCAAGAGGAAAGAGUUAUCAGCCGGUCAACUUUUGGGAGUUUCUCUGCGACCAUAAAUGAAGGCAUCCCCUGGCUCUUAGGGAGCGAAUGUUCCCUACAGUCAGGAGUGUCUUUCCCCGAAAAGCGCUCUACUGGCUUGUCUGUGAGUGGAGCAGGCAGUGGUACAGUUUACCCAGGCUUAGUGAGGUAGAGUAUCUGAAUACAGUUCCAUCCUAUAGACUGUAAGCUCGUUUGAGCAGGCUCCUCUUCAACCUAUAGUUCCUGUAAGUUUUCUUGUAAUUGUCCUAUUUAUAGUUAAAUCCCCCCUCUCAUAAUAUUGUAAAGCAUUACUGAAUCUCUUGGCGCUAUUUAAAUGAAAAUAAAACACUCGACGAGCAGGAACUGCUGCCUACGUUCGGGAGACAAAAUGGCCGCUAUCGAUUAGAGCUUGUGUUUUCGGUUAUACAGCCACAGAUUUUGUUUUUGGUCAAGUCGAAAAUGGUUUUAAGUAAACAAAAUAUAAAAUUAUAUUUGUCCCCCUCAAAAGAUACCUCACAUUGUUUAUAGAAUCUCCUAACUCUCUCACAAGUGUGCUGUUCCUCUACAAAUAAUAAGACAAAAAGCUGGACUUAAUUAACUUGCUGUCAAAUCCCCACUAUCUUCAAUAACAUGUAAUGAUAGCAUAGCCUAAUCUAGUUUGAUAACAUAUGGCCUUUUUUAUGGAGAUCCCUUCACAGUAAGCAUUGUUUCUAAAAGGGAUUAGAACUCCAGAAUAGUAGAUAUGGAGACCAGGGUUGUGAAAUCAGUACACAAAACCUUGGACUCCGUUUAUAUACCUGCAUUAUUCUAUACUAUUACAAUUUACUAUAUAAAUAAUAAUAUAAACAUUAUUUUGGAAACUGACUUAUGUGGCGAAUACAGGCCUAUACCUAUAUUAUACCUCGAAUUUUUGAGUUUAUAGGCCAGCAUAUAAUUGUUUUCAACUCCACAGCACUGGCGGAGACAGGCAGAAAUCUUUAUUCCUUUUUUAUUUUCUUAAAAUAGACUUGGUAAUAUGACUUUUCUUUUCAGUGUAAAGUGCCUGUAUGCUUUCUGAGUAGCUGCACGACAUUGUCUAAGCUAGGGGAUCCAACUUUGUGUGUGAAUGAUUGGCCUGUAUAAAUUGUGUGAAACCUUUGUGAAGACUUCUCAAUGAUGGCAGUGUUCUUCUCAAUGUUACAGCUCUCAUCACCUCUCAGUCAGGCCAAGCACCCAGGCUACCACAGGUGAGGAUGUCUGUUAGGGCCAACUCCAUAGACCAUUGACCAUAUGAAGAUGAUAAUCUCUUGAUGAGCAAUUCUGACCUGUGGGACUGUGGAUAAUGGGAGUUCUAUGUGAAUUAUAACUGGGCAGGAAAUAUGAAAGAAGCACGUUUGCUGAAUAGCACCUGCAAUAUUUUAAUUUGAUCAGUUAGACUAAACGAAAAGAAAACUGUGUGGGAAUGGGUUUGUAAAUUGGCCGAUUAUGACAUAGUUCAGAGACUGGCUGUGCAUCAUUGACUACAUAGGAGCUGGAAUGCCAAAGCCGUUGGCUAUCAAUGACAAAAAUGAUUUUAUCUGCUACAUGCACGCUCACUUUGUGUUUUCCAAGGUAUGUAAACACGUUGGAGUAAUUUGUCACAAAUAUGCAGGAUUCUUUGAUCUUGACAUUUGCUCUUCCAUUGUAUCCUCAAAGGACAAGGCAAAAUCAUAAUCCAUUCUAAAUUGGAACUAACAGAAUUCAUCUGUGCUCUCAUCAUUGUUCGGCAACACAUGUGGAUCAAAAUCUUUCAUUACAUGGGUCGUAAGAGUUUACACAAUGAGUCUGUUUCACUUGUUUUGUUUUUUUCUACCAUAAGUGAGAGCAAAGGGAAUGGUUUUAACUUAGUUGGCGAUAGAUUUUUGGGUAAUGUUAGGAAAACACUUCUUUACAUUAAGUCUAGUAGAUACCUGAAUCGGGGAAAUAAGCCAAGGAGCUAGGAGACACAAACAGGCUCGCUAUAAAAAAUAUUUUGAAAUCUUCCCUACCCGAAAGUGGCGCCAGCAGCUACCUGUAAGCCUCACCGUCGAUUUCACACACACAGUGAGGGUGAGGAGAUAGAAAUGAGUUUCCAUGUGUUAAUGUGCGGCUUCCGCUCCAGAAGACUGGGCAGGAGAGACCGAGCCGUAGAAGGACUGGGCAGGGGGGACCCAAAUAGAAGAAGGACUCUGCAAGGACUGAGCAGGACAAACUGUCAGCUUUCACGGUACUGCCCCCUCCGACUAACUGUCAGUAACUGAAUCAGCAAUGUACAAAACAGUAAUUAUUAGUAUUUAUAAAGUGCCAACAAGUUCCGUAGUGUAUAUCUGAAUGCAGGAGUGUAUAUGUAUGUGUGCACCGUAUAAGCACGUAUAAUUAAGAGUUGUAUCAGACAUCUGUCAGUGUGUGUGUGUGAAUUAGAUUAGUAUUUGAAGCCUGUCUUCAAACAAGAGGUGUAUUUGUGAAUGAGGAGUUAAUUUGAAAUCAGUGUCAGCAUGUGUGUAAUGAGGUAUAUUUAUAUUCUGCAAGUGUUUUGUUUUUGUUUUGACUGCCCAAGCUCCUUUCGACUUUGUCUCUCUCAAUAUUUACCAAUCAGUAUGUGUCUUCCAAUUAUUUCCCUCUUUUAUCAGUCACCCCUUGUCUCCCCUUUCUCUAACACUACUUGUCACCCAUCUGAUCUGCUUAUGUCCCUUUCACCCCCACUCAGCUGUUUCUCUGCUUCACUUCACACUUCUAUUUUCCAACACCCUACUUGUGUCUUAGCUGACCCCCACAUUUGUAUUCCAUCUCACUCAAUUCUUUAACCCACCCCAUUAAUUUGUCUCCCCAUCUACCCCACAUGUCUCUAACAAAAUGUGAUGUAAUUUCCUGUCCCGCCUCCCAUCCUCGCACUGCAGGGAGUAAGAAAGGAGACCUGGGAGUGAGAGCAGGUAUGCUGCCAGGUCUCAUACUCAAUGGGGGGAUUUAUUUGCAGUGUGAUGGGCUGCAGGGGCCCUUCGAGUCAUUAUGGGCCCCCUGCAACCUUUCUAUGCAUAACUUCCUUCUGGCUGAUGAGAAGCAUGGCUGUGCUGCUGGGCCCCCUGACUGACUCGGGCCCUAGGUCCAUGACCAAUAUGCCAAAGUGGUUAUCUGCCCCAGGUACCUUUUACUGCUCAAAACCAGAGUUGGACCAUCCAGGUGUCACUACUCUAACAACCAAAUUUUCUAUCUCUUCACUGAGAGUGGAGGUUUGGAUUAGAGUCUGCAAACCGUGAUGGCAUUGCAAUGUAUUGUUAUAUGGUCACAGUCAUUCUUUCAUACACCGGUGAUGGCAAAGAAGAAAGAAAGAAGUACGUUCUUUUACAGGCUGAUGUAAAAGUGCCUCUCUUUCGUGUUACAUCUCUGUUCAUUUCUAUAUUUCCUGUUUUGAUGAUAUUACUGUUCCUCUUCUAGUCUAAAAACCACAGUCUGGUAUAUCAUUGUUUUAGUUAAGCAAGUUGUUGGCUGGUUAUACAUUUAAAGAGGUAGAUUUCUGAAUGUAGAAGAACGAUUUUUAUAUUUUUUUUUUUAUUUAGAGAAGUUACUUUAAUUGAUUCUCAAUAUGUUUUUGCAGUAUUUGUUCUUUCACAGUAAUUACUAAUGUUGACUAAUCUCUCUGUCUAGGAAUAAAGGACCCUCUCAAGAUGAAGCAGUGUUUUUAUAACGAGAGCAUUGGAUUCUUCUAUAACAAUAGUGGCAAAGAUUUAACAAAGGAAUGGAGAACUAAAGACUCUGUGCUUGUAGGCCUUGGACUUACAGUAUGUGUGUUUGUGCUCUUGUUAAACCUUCUGGUCAUCACAGCUAUUAUAAUCAAUCGGCGGUUCCACUACCCCAUCUACUACCUUUUGGGAAACUUGGCGGCUGCUGAUCUGUUUGCUGGGGUUGCCUACACAUAUCUCAUGUUCCACACUGGACCAAGGACAGCUAGUCUCACAGCAAAAACCUGGCUACUUCGACAAAGCCUUUUGGAUACCAGUCUCACAGCCUCCGUUGCCAACCUACUGGCCAUAGCAGUAGAAAGACAUCAAACAAUCUUCACCAUGCAACUCCACACAACAAUGUCAAACCAGCGUGUAUGUAUCCUUAUUGCUUGCAUUUGGAUUACAGCUUUAUUGUUGGGUCUAAUACCAUCAUUUGGUUGGCAUUGUAUGUGUGACAUCGGCAGUUGUUCAAGGAUGGCUCCACUAUACAGUCGGAGUUACCUAAUAUUUUGGGCAGUAUCCAACUUAGUGGCCUUUAUCAUCAUGAUGGUGGUUUAUAUGCACAUCUUCAUCUACGUCAAGAGAAAGAUGACAAGAAUGUCUCAACACACCUCAUUUCAUCCCAAGUAUCGGGAAACCAUGAUAAACUUGAUGAAAACGGUGUUCAUCAUUUUGAGUAAGUACCAUUUAUUUGCUAACAUAAAGAAACACUCCUGUCUCUGGAUAUGGUGUCAAGAGGACCCUGGGUUCUCUCUUAUCUUAAGUGGUUUCCAAACCAAUCCUCAAGACACGCCUACCAGUCCAGGAUUUAGGAAUUACCAAGUCGUGUCCAAGUUGUUUUUAGAAAGGGAAUAAGAACAAAAAAAAAAAAAACACCAUGACACAACUGGGUAAUCCCUGAAUCCUGAACUAAUAGGUGUGUUUUGAGGACUGGUUUGGAAACCACUAAGUUAAACUGUUCUUGAACAGUAUAACCCUAAAUGCUGCCUCCAGCACUGAUCUCAGAGUUUGAAAAUGAUUUACAUGAAGCGCCGAGUGCCUCUGGGUCGGUGCGCCGCAGAUUGGCGCUUAGCUGACUCUAAGCCAAUCAGUACCUCCCCAUUCAUAAAAAAGGUAUGUAGAACUGUUGUAUAUUAUUAUUAUGUUAUUAUUUAUAUAGCGCAAACAAAUUCCGCAGCGCUUUACAGUGGACGGUGGACGAACAAACGUAGUUGUAAUCUGACAAGUUGGACACACAGGAACAGAGGGGUUGAGGGCACUGCUCAAUGAGCUUACAUGCUAGAGGGAAUGAGGUAAAGUGACACAAAAGGUAAGGAUAGUAUUAGACUAAUGACAGUUGGAAGAGAGGAAUCAUCCAGGAGCUAUUUACAGUUUAAUACGCUUUUAUGAAGAAGUGGGUUGUUAACCAUUUUUUUUUAAGGAGUGGAGACUGGGUGAGCAUCUAACGGAGGAGGGAAGUGAGUUCCACAGGAAUGGUGCAGCCCUUGAGAAGUCUUGAAGGCGAGCAUCAUGUAUACAUACACGUGUGUGUGUGUGUAUAUAUAUAUAUAUUAUACGCUCUCCCGGCGCAAAUCGACACCAGCCCCUCACACAGAAGGUGGGUGAGAAACUAAUUUGGGGUCCCAUAUAUAAGUGGUGGUUUGGUAUUGUAUUUGUCCAUGUUUAAACUGAAACGUCGAUGAUUUGAAUAACCGUGGAGUGCGGAUAACCGUGUGUGUGUGUGUGUGUGUAUAUACACACACACACGGUUAUCCACACUCCACGGUUAUUCAAAUCAUGUCAAAUCAUCAACGUUUCAGUUUAAACAUAUACAAAUACAAUACCAAACCACCACUUAUAUAUAGGACCACAAAUUAGUUACUCACCCACCUUCUGUGUGAGGGGCUGGUGUCCACUGGCGCCGGGAGAGCAUGUGCCUACGGACGCCAGCCACUCACAUAGAAGGGUGGUACUACAUAUAGGUGGUGGUUUGGUAUUUGUGUUUGUCCUGAGGAAAGUUUGUUUGAACUAAAAACGUGGAUGAUUUGACACGAUUUGAAUUAAAGAAGAUGAUUUUUGAAAAAAAAUCUGGAGUGCUGAUAACCUUUUCUAUUUGUAUUCAAUUGUGUGCUAUUGAGCACUGGGUAACCUAACUAACUGUAAGUAGGAAGCAGGGCUACCUUGUGGUGUGUGUGUGUGUGUAUAUGUAUGUAUGUAUGUAUGUAUGUAUAUAUAUGUAUGUAUAUGUGUGUGUGUGUGUGUGUAUAUAUAUAUAUAUAUAUAUAUAUAUAUAUAUAUAUAUAUAUAUAUAUAUAUAUAUAUAUAUAUUCUAUCCAGAAUCCUUUGCAAUAGAAACAUCACUGCAAAUUUAGGAUUUCUGUAGGAAAAGAAAGUCUUAUGGCUUGACUGGUGUGCAGAUUUUUGUUUAACAUUGUAUUUUUUAUAUAUAUAUAUAUAUAUAUAUAUAUAUAUAUAUAUAUAUAUAUAUAUAUAUAUAUAUAUAUAUAUAUAUAUAUAUAUAUAUAUAUAUAUUUUCUCAAUUCAUUUCCAUCAAAUGGACUGAAUUCCAUCAUGGUUCCUUCCUGUUUAAAGCUUCUAUUUGGCUUCCUAUUAAAAUUAAUUACCGUAUAUACUCAAGUAUAAGCCAAGUUUUUCGUCACUUUUUUUUGUGCUGAAAGAGCCCCACUCGUUUUAUACUCGAGUCAGUACUUGAGUCAGUGUCUGUAUUAUGGCAACUUACAUUGCCAUAAUACAGACCAGGACCGCCGGGCUCAGAGCAAGCUGUUGGGGGCCAGAGCAAGCUGUUACUUCCCUUUACAGCAGCUCCGGUCACCUCCGUUCAGCUCCCCCGUUAAGAUCAUAGUGUAAAUUUCGCGGUCUGCGUGCCCGUGGGUCUUUAAGCAAUCUAUCUGUCCAAUCAGCUCACACCCUCCUAGUGGGCUGUGAGCUGAGCGGGAAAAAAUGAGCGGCAACAUUUUUUUUUCUUUUCACUACCGCCCCUUUAACAUAUCCGCCGACGGCGGGGGCCGCGCAUGCGCGCACGGCGUGUACUCACGCGGUGUUGCGGCUGGGGAAACCCCUGAAAAAAGAAACCAGGCUCUUCCCAGGGGGUUCUCCACGCUGUGCGACCCGGAGGGGUGGGUAAUAAACUACCCGGUUAAUGACAGCGGGGGGUCCCUCAGGGGUUGCAACAGAAAAAUAAAAGGCGUGCUGUGAAGCAAAGAAAGAGGAAGAGGAGGAGGAUACAUGAAAUGAUAUUAGAGAAGGACUGUUCCUAUUGGCUAAAGGAUAGUGAUGUAAGGUUAACCCUGUGACGGGAGUUAUGCAUGUAUCUUUUUUUUUUUUCUACAAAUAAACACCUUAGCUUUCUUUGCUGCUGAGGAAAUAAAAGAAAGAGAUAAGCCUCCGUGUCCUUUUAAUAAAAUUAGGUUCCUCGGCUUAUAUUCGGGUCGACUUAUACUCGAGUAUAUACGAUAAUUGUUUCAGUCUGUACAUAAAUUCUACUUGCAACAGAGCCACAUUUCUCAUGUGCUGUCUUGUCAACAGCUAGUAUGUGAGGAAUAGUCCUGUUGCAUGGCUGAGAAUACUGAGAGUUGUAUUCCCACAAUUCUCAGAUUGUUUUAUUUCACAGCCGUACAACAAAAUGUGUAGGGCAGAUUUUAGAAAUGUUGAGUAACCAAUCUGAACAGACAAUUAUUAAUUCUAAGUCUUCUACCAAAACAUGAUAAUAAAAUGAUAAAUUUUAAGGUAAUCAUCACUUCUAUAAGAAAGUACUAUUAUUAUUAUUAUUUAUUAUUAUUAUUAUUAUUUUUUUUAUUUUUUUUAUUUAGUGUGAGCAUCAGACCCAGUUUGUUUUGAGGCUCUGUGUCACAGAGUUUGCUUGACAUGGACACCUAACCUAUUAAUGACUAAGCCAUUUUCACAGAUCCACCGUGCUUAAUGACACACAAACCUAUAAUUACCCUAGGAACCUGCCCUGUUUGAGGCGGGUGGUGUUUAAGGUUUGAAGCAGGAAAGAACUGUUUUAAUGGAUUAAAGGUGAUCAGUCAUUGUUUGGAAUUUAAAGUUUCACAUAAUCUGGAUAGACUUUACAGGAGAAUCGUCAUUAAAAAAAACAUGUGAUAUGCUAUAGUAUGAAUUAAUAAAUGCUUUUAACAUGCUUCACUUAACUGCCACCAAAUAUGGGUGAAACGGAUAUUACUAAUGCAUUGGUAGCACUUUCAAUAGGCAUGCUGGGGGCCCUGGCCACAGGGUCUAUUUAUUAGUGUUUCAGUGGUCAAACAGUUUGACCCGGGACUGGGAAAAGCACCCACAGCCUAAUGGCACGUUAGCGUGUAAUAGUUAUAGUACUUAUACUGACUCCUGAAGAUUUGAAAUUAACCCAAAAAAAUCUGUUUGGUAUUGUUUCAGUAAAUGUUGCUAUGAGAUAUAAAUUCAUUGUCACAGUUUUAAACCAUCUUUUUAGUGUGACUUUUUUUUUUUUGCAUUUAAAAUAUAUCUUUUCAGAUAACUGAUUAAAAGAAUUAUCAAGGCUGCAGAGAAUAUCUGGUCAGGGAACAGACAUUUUCUUUAUAUUUAAUAAUGAUAUUCUGCCUAAAAUGUCCUGUGUUUAGAUCCCUAAAUUCAGAACAUGACGAAAGUUCAGCUCAGACUGUAAUAUUGACUAUACUUAAUUGAGAGGGCAGGUGGCGUCUUAAAGGGACACUGUAGUCACCAGAACCACUACAGCUUAAUGUAAUUGUUCUUGUGUCUAUAGCUUGUCCAUGCACACUUUUCAAUGUAAACACUGCCUUUUCAGUGAAAAUAGCUCCUGGAUGAUUACUCUCUUCCAACUGUCAUUAAUCUAAUACUAUCCUUACCUUUUGUGUCAGUGAAAAUGCAGUAUUUACAUUGCUGCCUAGUAACACUUCUAGUGACUGUCACUAAGACGGCCGCAAGAGAUGCAUCCUGGGUCAGUUCUGCACAGUGUGCAGCACCUAUGCUUAGCGUCUCCACGCUCUGCAUGUGGGUGCUGAAAGUUCCCUAUAGAGAUGCAUUGAUGAGAUGUUGUUUUGGCGCAGUGUGGCAUUUUGCCACACAAGCGCAAUAGCCUCCCAAUGCUUUUCUAUGGGAAAGCAUUGGAUUGGCUGAGAUCAUCCAGAUUAACCCCUUAAGGACACAUGACGGAAAUAUUCUGUCAUGAUUCCCUUUUAUUCCAGAAGUUGUGUCCUUAAGGGAUUAAUGAUCGCAGUCAUGGAGGCAGGGCCAGCUGCGGUGAGACCAGCACAGCGUGGGGGGACAAAGGCGAGCAAAAACACACACACAGACACACACACAUACAUACUCCUCACUGUGACUGCAACAGUUCGGCUUUCCCUGUGGUCCAGUGGGGCUUCAGUCAUCUCUUUACUCUGCUCCCUAGAGUGCUGUUUAGUGAUGCCUGAAUUACGUCAUAUUCCAGCUCCCGGCAUCACUGGAGGACGCGUGACAGAGCAGGGAGGUUACAGCUCUCUCGCAUGCCUACUCGUCUGCCUAAAUACUCCAGGAGCCUCGAGCCAGCACAAACUGAACUUUCCAACCGCACUCCUGCCCAUUCUCUUCCUGAGCUGACCAGCUGACCGCAUGCACAUCCGCCCAUGCUCUUCCUGAGCUGACCGACCGACUGCUCACAUGCCCAUGCUCUUUAUGAGCCGGCUGCCUGCCUUCAUUCAGAGGCAGCCUACAACCUCGGGGGCUGAAUGGGUCAACAAAUCACGUCGAGCCCUGGGUUAAUCUCAUAAGAGCGGGCAUUAGGUUGCUAGAGUAGGACCUACCAAAUAUGCGAUUCAUUGCAUUGUGGCAGGAUUAUGCAAUGCAUGAUCAUAAACUGUAACUAAAUCUCCAAUAUUUUGAGUGUUGAUUUGGGAGUGGGUGGGUUAGUCUAUAUGUAUGUAUGUGUAUAGAGGUUACCGCUUUGGGUCUUGUCUCACUGAUGUAUUUACAUAGACCAGUAAACUACUGAUAGACAGCGAAUGGGAACUUCAUAAAGCCCCUACAGGCUGCCCCUCAGUCAGCCAAUCUGUAAUGCAGAAUGUUGCAGUGGCUGCACCUGGAAUUAAGCCAGGAGAAGCUUUCCUCCUGGAAGCAUUACCGAUGACUGGGAAAGGAGACAAAAUGGUAACUAUCUAUGGGGGUGUGAGAAGAGUGAAAAGGGCCCAAAUAUGUUUUGGGAGGGGAGGAGGGGAAUAUAGUUAUAUCUACUUGGAAUGACUACAGACAAUGAACACAGACCGCUACAAUAUGUAAGAUCACCUUUGCAUUCUCUCUCUCACACACUGACUCUCUGGACACCCUACAUUCAAGCAUAUUGACGCUCCGAAAAUAUAUACACCUCUGCAUUUAUGCACACUGACCCUCUACACACGUACGCCUCUUGAUUCAUACUCUGUGAUCCUCCUUACAUAUGCUGCUGUAUUCAUGCAGACUGACUCUCCAUACAUACACACCUGUGUUCACACACACAUAAUACACACGCAUGAAGACACUGAAUAGAAACAUGUCCCUGCUUAACAAAACAUUGAAACUGUGAACAUACAUGAAUUAAGAAAAGAAAAAAACUAAUGCACAGUGCAACAUUUUGAGACCUCUAUACCUGUAUUCACACACCAUCGCUCCACUGCAAAUUGGUCUUUUAGCCAAAUGACUAAUACUAAGUAAAGAUUACUUAGUAUUAGUAAAUAUUCUGCCUACUCGCUAUACCGCCUGUAGCUGCUCACUGUUAAACACACAAAAAAGUGUCCCCGCGCUAGUGGAGGCUAUGAAACUGAACGGGGGACCAAUUGCCUCCCCGGGCCCUUACCCCUGAGUGGCGGGUAGGGGCCCUAAAUGAAAAUGGGGGGGGGACCUAUUGUCCUCCACCCCAGUCCCCACCCCUCAGUGGCAAGUGGGGGCCCUAAAUUAUAAUAAGGGGGGCCCUAAAUGAAAAGGUGGGGGGGGGGACCUAUUGUCCUCCCCCACCCAUGAGCGGCGGGUGGGGAACCUAAAUGAAAUGAAAAGGGCUGCUCACUGUUUAAUAGACAUGCCCCUACUCGCAGUAUAGCGAGUAGGGGCAGAUUAUUUACAAAUACUAAGUAAUCUUUACUUAGUAUUAGUAAAUUUGUCUGAAAGACCAAUUUAGGUCUUUCAGCCUUUUGGUAGAUAGCUCCUUAAUACCGUGGGAAUUAGGGAGCUAUCUACAAAGCGGCUGCAAGAUGCAGCCGCGACACAAAUAGGAUCGGAGUUUCAUUCAUUAGAAUGAAAUUCCAAUCCAAACAAAGUCCUGAUUUGCGUCCUAACACGAAUGAAGAAACUGUUCUCAUUCUGUUAGGACGCAAUUCGUUAGUUUCGCUGGCAAUCUCUAAAAUGACAGGACGUUUGGGAAAAGUGAAAGGACGUUUCGUGGGAAAACUGAGGAAAGAUGAGAAUUGUGGGAAAAUUGCUCUGACCACCGAAAAUGAAGCACACUUUGCUCCUCCGCUGGUCAUAGCUGCUCAGGCAUAGGAAACCUCCAUAAGACAAAUAGUCCCUACUUUGUCUUAUGAUUUUAAAGAAAACUAGAGUAGACAGGAAGAAAUGAAGAACAGAUCCUGGCAGAGGGAGAGAAGAGGAAUCGAUUGAAGAAAGGUAAGUUCGGUAUGAAAGUGCAGCUUUAAUUCUGAAUUUGUUUCUCAAAUCCAAAUGGAAAUACUGAGACUAGUUGUUAAAGGGACACCAUAGUCACCAAAACAACUUUAGCUUAAUGAAGCAGUUUUGGUGUAUAGAUAAUAUCCCUAUCUGCCAUUUAGGAGUUAAAUCACUUUGUUUAUGAACCCUAGUGACACCUCCCUGCAUGUGACUUGCACAGCCUUCCUAAACACUUCCUGUAAAGAGUCAUCUAAAGUUUAUCCUUCCUUUAUUGCAAGUUCUGUUUAAUUUAGGUUUCCUUAUCCCCUGCUGUGUUAAUAGCUUGCUAGACCCUGCAAGAGACUCCUGUAUGUGAUUAAAGUUCAAUUUACGGAGAAGGAGAUACAAUUGUUUUUAAGGUAAAUUACAACUGAUGGAAAGUGAAACCAGUUUUUUUCAUGCAGGCUGUGUCACUCACAGUCAGGGGAGGUGUGACAAGGGCUACAUAAACAGAAACAGAGUGAUUUAACUCCUAAAGGGCAGUGAAACCUGAGAAGCAUGAUCUAUACACUAAAACUGCUUAAUUAAGCUAAAGUUGUUUAGCUGACUAUAGUGUUCCUUUAAGGUGCCCAAAGUGUUCUUUGAACAAUUACCGUAUAAGUAGAGUUUUUCGGCAGAUUUUUUUUUGUGCAGAAAAACCCCCACUCGACUUAUACUCGAGUCAAUGUCUGUAUUAUGGCAACUUACAUUGCCAUAAUACAGACCAGGACCGCCGGGCUCAUUACAAGCCCGGCGGUCCUGUUGGGGGCCGGAAGGAAGCUGUUACUUACCUUUCCUGCAGCUCCUGUCAGCUCCCUUCUCCUCCACUGUAAGUCUCGCGAGAGCCGCGGGGUCAGAGCGUUGCCACGGGUUACCGUGGCAACGCUCCCCGUGGCAGUCUAACCGCGAGACUUGCAGUGGAGGAGAAGGGAUCUGACCAGAACGGAGGUGAAGGGAGCUGACAGGAGCUGCAGGAAAGGUACGUUACAGCUUCCUGCCGGCCCCCCUCCUACACAGCCCAUCCACUGGACCACCAGGGAAUGAGAGCCCCCCUCCCUGGCCAGCUAACAAGCAGGGAGGGGGGAUGAAUAAAAAUAAAUAAAUUAAAUAAUAAAAUAAAAAAAAUUAAUAAUAAAAUAUUAAAAUAAUUAAAAUGCCCACCCUCCACCAAGGCUCUGCAUCACAUACACGCACUGCAUUUAUACACACACACACACUGCAUUCAUACACGCAUACACACACACACACACACACACACUGCAUUCAUACAAACACACUGCAUUAUAUAAGACAUAAUAGAAAAAGGUUGCGCCAAAGCUGGCUAUGGUACGACUAAAAUAAACAAAGUCCAGAGAAUAAGUAGUUCCAAAGCAAAUUGUCAAGUUGGGCCUGAUGGGGCACCGACGGCUUUUGUGGAGGAAUAUUCUCUCUAUGGGUCAAAUGAAAACGUUUUUCAGGAUCUGUAUGUAAAGAGUUAAAGAGAUAAUAGUGCAAAUACGUCUGAUACAAAGUGUUCAAUUGAUGGAAGAAGAGAUCUAUAGUAAUCCUACUCGCGUGUAGUAGGGCUAAACUAGCUCUAGUGUGGAUGGCAUACAGCGGUACAAUCCCCGCUUGUAGGAUACGUAGGGAGGUAUUGGUUUUUAAAUCCGUAUGUGGGAAAAAAGACAGAUGAUAGGGCAAUACGUCUGGUAAAGGUGGUAUAUACGACAACAGAGUCUGCUAUAGUCCUACUCACGUGAAGUAGAGCUCAAACACAGCAUUAUAUACACACACACACUGUAAAUAAAUAUUCAAUUAAUAUAAUUUUUUGGGGGCUCUAAUUUUAUUUAGAAAUUUACCAGUAGCUGCUGCAUUUCCCACCCUAGUCUUAUACUCGAGUCAAUAAGUUUUCUCAGUAUUCGGGUUGACUUAUACUCGAGUAUAUACGGUAAUUGCAAAACUUAGUUUGAAUAUUCUUUAACUCUACAAUUAGUUGCAUUUAGGUAAAUAAAUCCAAUACAUAAAUACAUUUUACAAAUGCACUACGAAGAUGCAUAUAACCGUUCUGGUGACAGAAUUUUAGACACUAGGCUAUGAAAGAAUAAAAGGGUUUUAAUACUAGUGAUUGAUUGUGUACUUCACCUGCCAUUGUGGACAGAGUAUAUGUUUUUAAAUGUGAAAGUGCUGAUCUGUUACCAUCAGUAGGACGUACAAGGUAUGGAAUGCUAUACGAGUGUAUUUACAUGCUGCAGCUUUCAUUGGAGACCAUUAAGGUGUGUUCAGCUGUGACACAUAGUUUCAAGGCUUUGUUGGUGUAUAUUUUAACCCCUUAAGGACCAAACUUCUGGAAUAAAAGGGAAUCAUGACAUGUCACACGUCAUGUGUCCUUAAGGGGGUUAAAGGACCACUAUAGGCACUCAGACCACUUCAGCUUAAUGAAGUGGUCUGGGUGCCAGGUCCAGCUAGGUUUAACCCUUUUUUCUAUAAACAUAAUUUCAGAGAAACUGGGACCCUGUGAGAAACUGGGAGUGGGACCCUGAGUAUGUUUUCCUGUCACUAUAGUGGUCCUUUAAGGCUAUAAGGAAACCAAAUGCCUAUAAUUUCAGUUACUGCCUCCCGCGUCCAAAAUAAUAAUGGAUUAGUUUGCAAAGUGCACAGAAAUAAUAAUAUACUUAAAUUCCCCCAUACCUUGGAUUGCAUUUAUACAUUUAAACCUACAUUUCAAGCAGUCACCAAGUGAUGCUAAUGCUAUACUGCAGCACUUUUCGUAAGACUUGCCCUUUAUCAGUAUAGCUCAUUGGAUCAAACCAUGUUGAGGUCGGCAUUGCUCUUGAAACACAACUAAGCCAUGAUUUGAGUAUAUUCUUAAAGGGACACUUUUAAGUACCACUGUCUCUACAAUUUAUUGUACUGGUUAUGGUUUUCUGUCAAAUGAUCAUAAAUUGUUUUAACUGGAAUAUGGGGACUUCCUGAUACCCCAUGUCCUCCCCCUCAGCCUUCACAUAAUGAGGAAUUUCACUUAGAUUUUUUUCAAAUUAUUGGAAUUGAAACUAUGGGCUCGCCGUCCACAUUAGCAGUAGGCGACUUGGCUACGGGUGCCUAUCAGCCACCCAGUUUUGGUCAAACUUGCAACCUAAUAGCACCACAUGCUGAUGUAGUAGUUAUGGUGCCCAUCAAAUCAAGGUAGAAUACCAGCUAAUUUAAAUACCGUAUAUACUCGUGUAUAAGUCGAUCUCAUGUAUAAGUCGAGUGCAGUUUUGUGACCAACAAUUGUGAAAUAUGCUAUGCCUCGUGGAUAAGUCGAGGGUAAAACUUGGGGCUAUGAAAUUCUGUGAUUUUUAUAAUUAUAUACACACACACUCAUACAAACACACACUCUGCAUUAUAUACACACACACUCAUACAAACACACACUCUGCAUUAUAUACACACACACACUCAUACAAACACACACUCUGCAUUAUAUACACACACACACUCAUACAAACACACACUCUGCAUUAUAUACACACACACACUCAUACAAACACACACUCUGCAUUAUAUACACAGACACACACACUACACAAACACACACACUCUGCAUUAUAUACACAGACACACACUCAUACAAACACACACUCUGCAUUAUAUACACACACACUCAUACAAACACACACUCUGCAUUAUAUACACACACACUCAUACAAACACACACUCUGCAUUAUAUAUAUACACACACACACACAUACAAACACACACUCUGCAUUAUAUAUACACACACACACACACUCAUACAAACACACACUGCAUUAUAUACACACACACUCAUACAAACACACACUCUGCAUUAUAUACACACACACUCAUACAAACACACACACACUCUGCAUUAUAUACACACACUCUGUGUAUAUAAUGCAGAGUGUGUAUAUAAUGCAGUGUGUGUGUUUGUGUAAUGUGUGUGAACUGGGUGGGGGGAGGGCAUUUUUAUUAUUGUAAAAAAAUUUUAUUUUAAUAUUAUUAUUUUUUUAUUUUAAUUUUUUUUUUGUCCCCCCUCCCUGCUUGUUAACUGGUCAGGGAGGGGGGCUAUCUUAAUCCCUGGUGGUCCAGUGGCAUGGGCUGUGAAGUGGGGGGGCUGACAGGAAGCAUUUACUUACCUUUCCUGCAGCUCCUGUCAGCUCCCUUCUCCUCCGUUCCGGUCAGCUCCACUGUAAGUCUCGCGGUCUGGUUGCCGCGCGGAUCGUUGCCAUGGCUCUGACGGCCGCGGCUCUCUAAGUUGCCAUAAUACAGACAGUGACUCGAGUAUAAGUCGAGUGGGGGUUUUUAAGCACAAAAAAUGUGCUGAAAAACUAGACUUGUACUCGAGUAUAUACUGUAGUUGAUUUCUCCCCCUCGGCUGCAAAAUGCUGCAUACUAAUGUUGCAGUGUAAGCAUGCAGAAGCCAAACACAGAAAUAUUGGACACAGGUCUUCAGGAAGUAACAGGCCUUUAUUCACAUUACCGAUCGGGUCUCAGAUGAACUCCUGUUCCAAAAGAUCUGAGAGACCAACACAUAGUGUACAUUCCUUAUAUAGCACUAUAACUCCUCCCAUUAAUAGCUACACCCACAUACACCUUUAACCAAUCAAUGAGCAGAAUAUAGACUUGUACAUCUAGUCAAACCACAUGGCUCAUCCAAGACAAAGGAAAUAAGUGCAAUUUCAGUUCCUGCAUUCCUGCACAUGCUCAGUACACUGAUGACAGUAUCCUAGCUACAUGUAGCUAACCAACUGACACAACAUACACAUAUGCCACAUGGAGAUUUUGGCCUACUAAAUUUUAACCAUGCUGGAAUCCCAUCACAUUCCCCCCUUUGAUGCCUCUGAUAUAACAUUAUUCCAGAUGCAUCACCAAUCACAGUUUUACCUACAUCUCUCAAGUAGCCAUUGAACCAGAGUAGACCUUGUAAGCAUCUUAAAAACUCCUUCAACAUUCUUCAUCCUGAAUAUAUUCUCUUCGGGCUAGGGGAUCAUAUCUUCCAGACAGCCAUUACAUGAGCCGCUGUCUUUCUCUCUAUAGUACUCUCUAUAAUACUACGUAGGGACCUUACCACUAGUGGAAUUAGACAGGGCAGGAGGAGGCACAAAAAAAUAUAAUAAAUUCUACUCCUCCUACUAAUGUCUUAAUUCCUCCAAGCUGCUCAUACCAACUACUUAGGUUAUACCCAUUCCAGACCUGAGUAGGUACAUGCUCAAAUUUAACCAUGUGGCUUGUAAGUUCAGCCACUGCCUGCCCUUCAUCAUCUAUGUGCAGACAACAGUUACUUAGAUUAAACUUUCCGCAUACACCUCCUUCUACUGCUAGUAAGUAAUCAAGGGCUAGCCUAUUCUGGUAUAUGGCUGAUCACAUCUUGGUAUUUUGCUUAGCUAGAAGAUUAAGCACUUGAGCUGUCUCAUUAGUAAUAAUCUCAACUACCGCCUGUAGUCUAAUAAUGCGGUUGAGCAUAUAUAAUCGGAGUUCUAUAUCCAUAAGUGCCAUCUUCUGCCCAAGUAGCAGGUCCAUAAUAAUUAAUAAUACGUUGAGGGGGCCACUCAUUAUCUUCCCAGCUACCUAUAUUCAAGGAUGCUCUCUCCCUUUUAUGAUUUACAUCGUAAACCUUAACUCCCAAGGUCUCUCCUGUUUCGAUUGGCAACAAGAAGAAGGAUGGCUUUGGCAUACCUAAUACACAUGCCCCUUCCCAAUCUUGUGGUAACUCCGAAUAAGUUUUCUUAUAAAUUUGCUGGGGCUUUCCAACUAGAUGUAGCCGAUAAGUCAAACCAUACCUCCUUUAAAUGAGUGUAAUUGGCAAACGGAUUAGUAGGUUCCGAGACAUUUGAAGCUGACCACCAAGUAGUAUUUUUAGUAUUAACAUUAUAGGCUUUUUGUCCCAAGCAAGUUAGCUCACCUACAGACGUGUUAUACAUUGUCCCUUUCCUGGCUAUACAAACAUGACCUAUAAUGGAGGUUUUCAACCACCAUUCCAAUUUACUUCUAGUACUUACUUGAUGAUCAGACUGGAAAGGUAUCUGUUGUUCAUAUGUCUCAGAGCCAGGGUACCAUAUUUCCUUUGCCUCCCAUGGCCACUGGUCUCCCAUAUUAGUACCUCCACACACAUAGCAAUUAGUUACAUUAAGACUACCUGCAAUACCCUCAGCCAAAUCAAUAUAUAGGUUGUUAACAUUAUGGGGAAUUUUAUCCUCAAUACUCAUCUCCUCAUAGAAGGAAUGAGAAACCUGAUGAGUUUGAGUUGCCACUGUCUCAGUUUCAAGACCUACAUAUAUUAUUGUUCCUGAAUCUACUCCUGUGCCAUAUAUUUGGAACCCAAACAGACCUCCAAACCUGUCAAUAAAGUACUGCAGAUUGGAAAUGGUCAUGUGAACGGGGUUACACACAUAGUUUUACAGUAUGGUGUGGUAGGCAACCUUUGGAUAAUCAUAUCUUGAUCCACUGUUUUUCCCAGGUUGCCCAACCUACACAUGACAAAUAGGGGCAGAAGUUAGUCUCUAUUUGGGCAAUCAGGAUCAGUAGAUCUUUUACUGGGACAUAAGUAUUUAUCAUUAAACCCAUAAGUUCGUUCCCAUUUAAGAUUACCACAUACAUUCCAAAGUCUUCCACUACCCGAAAUCGCCUUACAUGCAUCAAAUAGUAGAAUACCCGUGGAAUGUAUGGUGCUUAUCACAGUCCUAUUUAUUAAUGUCCCCUGGGAGUUACUAUUCCGAAUUACCAACCAAAUUGUACGGGGUUGGAAAUGGGGAUCAAAACAUUUAGACUCUCCUGAUAUUGGCUUGCACACACUAUAAUCAAUAUCCAAAUAUCUACAUUUAGAUACAGAUCCCUUACAUUCAUACUGUGAGUGCCAGAUGAGAGUUUGGGAUAUUUGGUUACCUGUUUUAGUAGUCUUAAUGCAACUAUCGCAAUUCGGUAUGUCUGUACUCCUACCUUCCUGAAAAAUCAUAAAAAUACUAAGACACAAUAAAACACAUUAUUCCUGAAAUCCUCAUUUUUCUUCGACCGUGCGAUGGCCUCUCAGCUUCCCGAUUGUGAGGGCUGCAAGGAUGUUGUUCUUCUGAUCCUCACUUUCCUUCACAGAGAUCCCUUCAAGAUACUCUGGCUAUGACACGUAGGCAGGUGGUCAGGCUUUAUUAUGGCCGUCAAAACACCUACUUGAUGAUCUUUGUAGACUUUUAACUAGAAUGUCUCGAUAUCCCCUCGUCACUCCGACUGAGUUGCACGCUUCAACCGGGUCCUGCAAGGAUUCUCAGGAUCUGGAGUAGCUUGCCAAGAGUCUGCCGCUGGUUUAACCUUAGAAUGAUGAAUCCAAGGAGUCACUUCCGCCACCUUUACAGCUAUUGGGGUAGAUAAAAGAACAACAUACAAAGGCUAACAGGAUACACCCCGAGCUUUAACUCAAUAUGUAUUGGUGGGAUAUUACGAGCAAGUCCUGGAGGAUUAUUUUCUUCCCAUACUCCUGGAAUGUCAAGUAAGGAUUCAUCACUCUUAGGGUUAACACUUGUCACUAUGGAAUAGAAGCGUCAUUCUUCUUCCCUUGGCACCGAUAUCGCCAUUAUGCCUGGUAAUCCCUUAAACUUCAGAGAUGUUAAUCCAUUAGGUAAAAGGUUAUCUGAGCUUAAAGCUUCGAUAAUAGAUCUCGUCCUAAAAGUUGAAUCGGACACUCUGGCAUAUAUAGGAACUAAUGCUUCACCACAUGGCCUCCCAGAAUACAAGUGCGACUCUUAAGAACCGGUCUAGCUGCACUUCUCCCAGUAGCUCCUAUCACAGUUAUAGUCUUCCCCGAAGGCGGAGCCACCAUCUUAGUCACCACAGAAUGUUCAGCACCUGUGUCGAUCAUGAAAGAACUUCUCUUUCCCCCUAUUGCUACAUCGACCAUAGGCUCCGCUCGACCAAGUGGGAUGGAGCCCGGUCGGUAUCAAUAGUCUUCCAUGAUAGUGUCAGCCAGACCCACAAAAUCUCUAUCCUCUCUUUCUCUAGGUCUCUGCGUGGGUGGAUAGUAUCUGUCUCCUUGAACACUUCCUCUACUAUUCCCACCAUUCCCUCUAAAACUUCCUCUUCCUCUAUAACUACCACUAUAACCUCCUCGUACCCUUCUCUCUCCUUGUCUAUCACCUUCAUACUGCUCUCUCUGUGGACACUCACUCUUCCAAUGUCCCUCCUUUCUACAAUACGCACAUUAAUUCCUACUUAAAGUCCCUUGCUCAGCCUAUUCUCGUCUCCUCUAUUCACUUCCCUGUCUUUCUACACUUAAGAUAGCUACCGCUAGCAUAUCUGCCUUAUUCCUCAUUUUACGUUCUUCCUCCAUCUCCCUAUUCAUAUAUACUGUAUUUGCAAUCUCCAUUAGCUGUAUUAUGGACAUCCCUACAAAUCCCUCUAAUUUCUGUAAUUUCCUUUUAAUAUCACCUUGGGCCUGGCUGACAAAUGCUGAGUCUAUCAUUCGGAAGUUUUCAGGGGCUUCAGGAUUGAAAGGAGUGUACAAUCUAUUUGACUCAAGCAGUAUGUAAUAUGGGACUUCGACAAGGCUGCUCAAUAAUAGGUUCCAGUCUAGGAGUAGUAAGAUAGGUGUAAGGGGGUGAGCUAAUUUUAUUAGUCGGCAUUUGGUGGAUGAAAAAACUUUUUUGUUUAAAGUGUUAAACCAAAAACCUACCAGUAGGUGUCACCAGAGGGUAAUUGUAUCAAAAUAAUCUUUAUGGGUCUAAUAAGAAAACUCAACUUUUAAUAUAUUUAUACAUAAAAUAAAACCUUAUAGCAAUAAACAUAUUAAAAUAGGGUAAGCAAUCCUACUUCUAUCUGUUAUAAACAAUGUAUUAUCAAUGUAACUCCCAAAGAUGGCCCGUAGGUGGCUUAGAGUGCCUCCCUAAAGUCAAAUGAAACAAAUAGACUUUAAUUAAUUAUGUCCUAUUUUAUUAUUACUUAUUUUAAUCAAUGUCCACCCUGAUAGCUAGGCUUGAUUAAAUCUUUAGUUCUAAGGUAAAUUAAACAUUUCAGUUUGUAGUUUAGUAAAAGGGGACAUUUUGGACAAAGCUGGGAGGGGCCCAUCCAGUAACUAAAAAAAACCAAUAUACCAUCUGAUACCAUUGAUCAUUGAUUAGGGGGAGGGGUAGUACAGAAAUACAAGAGUUUGAAACACAGGAACAGAUAGGUAUGUGGGUAGGCGGGGACAGUAGAGCAGGGGGAGUGCAAAUACUGACUAUAUACCAGUUUUUAGCUUGGGAAGAAGAAUAGGGGCGUGGCUAAUCUGGCUCUGGAGGAUGUUUGGGGGGUUGGUAAUCAGAUGCCAGGGGGGGAGGGGAUGUCCAAAGCAGUUGUAAUUAAGUCCUUAGUUCUGACCACCAUAUGGCUACAUUGUUUCUCAUAUGACACAGUUUAACUCACCAAGGCAGUUUUUCAACAAUCAGUUUCCAACAGUCAAUGUAUAGAAACUGAUCAUAGAAUUCCAGCCUACUAGCUACAGCCACAUGUACACCCUGCACUAAAUUUAAGUGAAGACUGCUACAUGGAGGCCAUGCGGCCACCAGGACAGGCUACUCCCUACUUUUUUUUUUUUUGAAAACAUACAAGACAAAAGACUAACAGCCUAGUGAAUCAGAUUAUUUCAACAGAACGUCUGAUUCAAAAAGCUGUACAAAUAUACACACAGUUUCAACAGUCACACCAAUCUCCUUAUCACCAGCAACACAUUGCGCAGUCACUAGGCCCAAACACACACACAGGAUCCUCACAUGCUCAACAAUAUCACGACGUCGCACACACGAAAUUAAAUUAAAAAAAACCCACCAAAGACUAUACACUUAUCAAUGUAACUAUUAUUCAAACCAUACAACUAUCCACGCUAUUAAUCCAUAUAAACUAACCGAUCACAUAACAUUUCAACAAUUUCAUCUCUACAAUUAUCCGUACUAUAAAUCAACUUUUGACUAACCAACUAUAUCACAUUCUAGUAACCUCAUCUUUACAGUCAGUGGUUAUGGUACAAUUAGUAAGUGGUUAUAAUACAGUAUUAAAGUCACAGAUCAGUUAGUAACAGUUAUGGUAUUAUACAUAUAACAUAAAACAGCAAUUGUUAGUAAUUUUUACACAAUGUCAGUGGUUAUGGUACAUAUCAGUAGUUAUGGUACCGUGCGCUAUUUUACAGUUAUACACACAAUUUACACUCCCACUAGACAGCAGAGCUCUAACUUUCUAGUAGGACAUACAAGUUAACCAAUUCACCAACUACAAUAUAUUUAACAACAUUUACAAUAAUCCCAACUAUUCUAACUGGCCAGCACCUCGAGAGCUUUCGAUCUAUUUAUACACCAGAGAUUCGAUAAGUUCUUCGCUGCCCAGACACCACGUAUAGCGAACUAGAGGGCAGAAUUUACACAGUACCCAGCUAGUCUAUUAAACUAUCAAUAAGCUAGUGGCUGGAUUUACAACAGAGCACACUUAGUUAAGAUAGGGUGAAAUCUAGCAAACUAUAAUAUACAACAGAGUAUGCUAGUCUCCCGGUCCCCCCGACCUAGCGAACAAAAUUUACACCCUAGAUACGCUAGUCAAGACAGGACACCGGUGUCCGACAUGAGCUAUUUACACCAGAACUCAGUCUGACCCAAACCACCUAUAUUAGACGGGCUGACUACAGAGCGUCUAAUUUCCAGAUAAGUGUUGCGCUUUUCACUUCUUCCAUCCAUAAGGACAGGGCAGAUUCCAAUAACCGGUUCCAAAUAUAAAACCCCUUGUGGGUCUACCGCUCUAACGGUAUCAAUCUUACCUGUUAAUUUCUGGACCUGGGUUCACUCAUAGACGGAACAAUCCGGGACUCACUGCGCAGAAGCCGAUGAUCUCCUGGACAAAAGGCCAGUGGCGCCGAGACGAAAGGAGGUCCACGCAGUAGAAGUCCAGGAUUGUAGCGUAGAAGGUUUGGUAAAAGUUUACCGUCUCAAAUCUCUGCGCUAGCUUCCAUGCAAAUGAGGUUCCCACUGCCAAUGCACCAGAAAUGUUGCAGUGUAAGCAUGCAGAAGCCAAACACAGAAAUAUUGGACACAGGUCUUCAGGAAGUAACAGGCCUUUAUUCACAUUACCGAUCGGGUCUCAGAUGAACUCCUGUUCCAAAAGAUCUGAGAGACCAACACAUAGUGUACAUUCCUUAUAUAGCACUAUAACUCCUCCCAUUAAUAGCUACACCCACAUACACCUUUAACCAAUCAAUGAGCAGAAUAUAGACUUGUACAUCUAGUCAAACCACAUGGCUCAUCCAAGACAAAGGAAAUAAGUGCAAUUUCAGUUCCUGCAUUCCUGCACAUGCUCAGUACACUGAUGACAGUAUCCUAGCUACAUGUAGCUAACCAACUGACACAACAUACACAUAUGCCACAUGGAGAUUUUGGCCUACUAAAUUUUAACCAUGCUGGAAUCCCAUCACACUAACAGCAGAUAUUGCUGGGUUUGGUAAAUUUACCAGCAUCGUUUUGUAAUUUUGAUCAUUUUUAUGUAGGAUAGGGGUUUUCUUUUUGUCUGGGAUAAUUGUGCAAUGCGGACUUUAACAUAAAAUAGUUCUGGAAAAAAGAUUCCCCUGGCAAUUGACAUUUGAUAUUACCCUGUGAGUGUUUGGAAUUUGACAGGCUCUUUCCACGACCCAGUAACAAAACAAGCACUCUCAGUGUGACCCCCUCAAGGUUCAAGGGCAGUCUGACGGAUUGAUAUGCAUUUUUGUUAUGGAGGGCUGAUUCCUACAGUACAAGAUACUAAGGCACCCUCCACCCUCCUCAAAAAAAGCUAAAUACAAAAUCGCUGAUUCUGAAUAAAUGUUGCAAAUGUCUUUUGCCUCGCCUCCCUACUGCACCUAGAACAUUUCCGUAAACAAUAUUUUCACAAACUAACCAGUUGCAGAAUAAAAAAGAAAGUAUGUCUACAAAGCUCUGCAAACAAUAUUCAUAUCCCGUGUUUCAGUCUCUUGUUGUCUUACUAGACAUACACCAGACCAGCUAUAAAUGAAACCGUCCCACUAAGAGUACAGAGUACUUAUCUGGACGCAGUAGGAACCAUACCUCCCAAGUGUCCCUAUUAAUGAGGGAAAGUACCUAUUUUGUGCCCAAAUCCCUUGGACUUUCUUUUCUACCCUAAUGUCCUUAGUGUGUCUGAAUGUAUAACAAAGCAUUACAUCAAGAGUACUUGUAUUACAGUGUCUUUCAACUACAAUAAAUGUGGUUAGAAAUCAGGCUGUGUAAAUAAGAAACUGCUCUUGUUCGCAAUUAUUAUUAUUAUUAUUAUUAUUAUUAUUAUUGGCAUUUAUAAAGUGCCAACAUAUUCCGCAGUGCUGUACAAUUGGGGAAAAAUACAAACACAAUAACAACAGACCUCUACAACAGGUAGAGGACAAUUACAUUUUAUUUGCAUAAAUUAUUAGUAAAUCACCUAAAAAUUCUCAGAACAAUCCUGCCUCUGGCUAAAGCCCAAAAACUAAAGUGUCCCUCUUUGUCCAUUUGAAAUUGUGGGAAGUAUGAGGACAAAAAUCCAAGACACACCUCCUGUUUAUUUUUACAUUUUAUCAGGCAGUUUUUAGCAACACAUUUACUUGCAGCCUUAUUACCGUAGCAUGCAAUGUGUAUAGCAGUCAUCUAGCCGUGUUCUUUUUUCAUUUUUUGUUUUAAUUGUCAGUAAUGACAAUUUUAUUGCCAACAGUUAUUAAAAAAUGCAAAGACUACAUUCACCCGGAGGCUGUCCACCAGGAUAUCACCGCCAAAGAUUCUCUUUCCCGUGGUGUUUAUAGCUCUCAAAGUAGCUUCAGUGAUUAUAGCUUGUAGAAUAGAUCCUUUUCCUCCCUAUAUAUUAGAAGAGUCUUAAUGCCGGGAGUAGAACUGAUUUAUUGGCACAUGGCACCUGUUAUACCUUGGGUCUCAACAGGAGGUCCCCAGGAAGAACAAAAAAAUUGCAACAUUCCCGGAGCCCUGGUGUCUGUGCCUGAGCAGCUAAUUUAAUUAGAGGCCUGACUCCUUCGCACUGGGGUAACAAAACACAACUUGCUUUUCCUUGCCCACAUCCCUACACAAUGGUGUCCCCAGGAAGCUUGUGUCAGAGCGCACACUUUGUCCAAAAAGCACCCGGAUUGGAUAUGGCUAGCAGAAGUUAGAUGAAAGUCAAUGUCUCAGCGGGUCGCGCCUAGCCCCUGAUCCACCACAGAGUUCCAUGGCACAGGGUGGAAAGUCCCGGUCACCAAAACAGCAGCGCUUUCUGUAAGUUCUUGUAGCUCCUUCAAGUCCAACGUAUCGUUGGAUGUCUCACCCCCUCCUCUAUCUUCGCUCCAAAAAGUGCAACAUUAGGUGAUGUUGCGACUGAGAGAACUAUAAUUUAAUGUUUUAUUGGACCGUAGCUGAGCUAGAGUUUCAGGGCAAUUGGAGGUUGCUCCCGGUCAGGUGCGCCGUACAUCUGGAGCCUUUCUGCGGUUGCACGAUGGGAAGGCUGGGAAGUAAUGGUGAGCAUGGCUCUUUCGGGGUGAGGUGGAGGACUACAGCCGAGGACAAUCUAUAGGUGACUGGGUUCAUUUUUUUUUUUUUUCUAAGUAUACCUUUGCAGUGCCUUGCAGCACAUAUUGAAAAAUGUGCUUUAUGGUACUGGGUUAUGACUAUAAGCCUGCUGUGGAGUGCUCUAGAAACAUAAAAAAAAGUAUUUUCACAUAUUUUCUUAUGACGUGUCCUUUUUAUAGGCCAAGGGGAGUGGUAAUUCACCUUUAACCUUGGCAUUACACCAGGACCUCCUUACUUCUAGCCGUCAUAGACAGUCAAGUUACUAAACACAAAUUGUAUUGAAAUUCAGGUUCCCUGUUAAUCAUACAGUCUUUUAUUAUCCUAUGAUUCAACAAGGGAGGGUGUGGUACUAGGAGGAAAUAUUCAAGAAAUAUUUGAAUGAAAAUAUGUUUAAAAAGGAGCGAGACAAGAACAGAUUAUAAUCAAAGGGUAAUCUAGGGGCACAUAAAGGAAAAUAUCAAAGUGUAAAUUAUGGUGAGACAGACUCACAGGGCAUGAAUUUAUCAGAUCAAAGAAGUACGGCAUCAUGUGGAGGAAGUUUGUGUUCUACCAGUAACUGCAUGGUAGCAUUCUUUCACUUUACCGCAGGCAUUCUAUGUUGUGACAUUUGCUCACUUGAAGGAGUACCCUACGUAACUGAAUAGUUUAGGUUGCUUAAUGUCCCCUGGUUUAUUAUUGAAUCAUCUAUGAACUGAUGUAUAGAUGUUGUAGAAUUUACAUGUCUGCAUUGUUGGUGUUUAUAAUUUGCAAAUUAUGCAAAGAAGCAGGACGUUGACAGACACUUUAACAUUAGUUCUACACCAUAAAUGUCAAACUUCAGCUAAUGGCAGAGAAUUAUGGGAACGGUACUUCAAAAAGACUAAGCUAAACUUGCACCCACUGACUUGAACCUACCUCUUUUUGUAGGUCCAUGUUCAUAUAAUAAACCUUUUACAUAGUUACACAGCUGAAAAGAGACUUGCGUCCAUCAAGUUCAGCCUGCCUCACAUAUGUUUUUGCUGUUGAUCCAAAAGGAAAAACAAAAUCAGAUUGCAGUACAGUUUAAUUCCUAUAAUUUUCUGUGAAGAAAUGUGAGGUUGUCUUCUCUCCAUGUGGCAGACACUUUUUUAUUAUUUUUAUAAAGCAUUAAUAUUGUCCCCAGCGUUGUACAGUGGGUAGGUUAAUAAAAGGCACGGAUUGGAGACACUUUUCCAACCUCUGUUACACAGGCUGGUGCAAAUGGAAAUCGGAAGCCCUUUUCUAUACAGUUGUUAUGCAAAUGUGCAAUGUAAUGGAGAUAAUGUGGAGUGAGGCAUAAAAUAGGGAUUGCAGCAAAUCCAGAGCUUAAACCCAGAGCUUAAAGGAACACUAUAGUUACCUAAAUUACUUUAGCUAAAUAAAGCAGUUUUAGUGUAUAGAUCAUUCCCCUGCAAUUUCACUGCUCAAUUCACUGUCAUUUAGGAGUUAACCCCUUAAGGACUGGACUGUUUUUGCGAUGUUGUACAUUUGCGACCAGGAAUAUUUUUACACUUUUGUGGUGUUUGUGUUUGGCUGUAAUUUUCCGCUUUCUCAUUUACUGUUCCCAUACAAAUUAUAUAUUGUUUUUUUCAGGACAAAAGGGGCUUUCUUUACAUACCAUUAUUUAUAUAAUCUCAUGUAUUUUAAUUUAAAAAAAAUAAAAAAAUCUGAUGAAAAAUUGAAAAAAUACAUGUUUUUUGACUUUUACUUGAAAAAUCUUUUACUCAUCUACAAAAGCGAAUGAAAAAAACUGCUAAAUAGAUUCAAAAUUUUGUCCUGAGUUUAAAAAUACCUAAUGUUUACGUGCUUUUUUGCUUUUUUUUUGCAUGUUAUAGGGCUAUAGGUACAAGUAGGAUAUUGCGGUUUCAAAACAUACAUUUUAAAAUUUAUCAAUAGUGACAUUGUAACACUAUUAUCUGUCAUAAAUCUCUGAAUAACACCCCACAUGUACAUAUUUUUUUUAAAGUAGACAACCCAGGGUAUUCAAUAUGGGGUAUGUCCAGUCUUUUUUAGUAGCCACUUAGUCGAAAACACUGGCCAAAGUAAGCAUUCAUAUUUGUUUGUGUGUGAAAAAAGUAAAAAAACUAAAUUGAACGCUAAUUUUGGCCAGUGUUUGUGACCAAGUGGUUACUAAAAAGACUGGACAUACCCCAUUUGCAAUACCUUGGGUUGUCUUCUUUUGCAAAUGGUAUGCCAUCAUGGGGGUAAUUCUCAUUCCUGGGCUACCAUACGCUCUCAAAGGCAACGUAACCAACCUGGCCAUUUUCAAUGUAAAAAUAUUUGACCCAUAUAUUUGACCUUGUAACUUUCAAAAAUGCUAUAAAACCUGUACAUGGGGGGUACUGUUUUACUCGGGAGACAUCGCUGAACACAACAUUAGUGUUUAAAAACUGGAAAACGUAUCACAACAAUUAUAUCAUCAGUAAAAGUGCUGUUUGUGUGUGAAAAAUGCAAAAAAAGUAACUUUCACUGACAAUAUCAUCGCUGUGAUAUGUUUUACUGUUUUGAAUCACUAAUAUUUGUGUUCAGCGAAGUCUCCCGAGUAAAACAGUACCCCCCAUGUACAGGUUUUAGGGUGUCGUAGAACGUUACAGGGUAAAAUACAGUGCUAGCAAAUUAAAUUCUCUGGAAUUUCGGCCUGGGUUGGCAGGCAGGUCCCUCAAAUUGCAAUCAAUAAAAUUACUGAAUUAUGUAAAAAUAUUACAUAAAUACGCACGUAGAAUUUAAAUAUAUAUGCAUAUUUAUAUAUUUGAAGUCUACGUGUAUAUUUAUAUAAUUAUUUAUGUAAUUUUGUAUAUGGACGUAUGUAUAUUUCUUAUUAUUUUAUUUAUUUUUAUAUACAUAGAUAUAUAUACAAAUUCAUUCUAAGUGUAUUUUGAUAUAAAUAUAUAUAUAUAAUUUUAAAAUACAGUUAGAAUAAAAUUUCAUAUAGCUAUAUAAUUUUUUAAAAUUUUUUUAUUAUUAUUUAAAAAUUUUUUAUUUAAUUUAAAUUACUUAUUAUUUAUAUUUUAUAAUAAUAUAUAUAUACAAUAUAUAUAGUUAUUAUAUAUAUUAUAUAUAUACGUGUGUAAUUUAAUUAUAAGUGUAUUUUUAUAUUAAUAUAAGUACAUAUUAAUAUAAAAAUACACUUAGUAUGACAUUAUAUAUAUAUAUAUGAUAUAUAGACAUAAUAUAUGUCUAUAUAUCAUAUAUACACAUAUAAAAUUAUUUUUAUUUUUUUUAAUUAACACUAACUUUAUUUUUAUUUUUUCUGAUUUUACACAAGCAGGGAGACUGCCUGUCGGCACAUGACCAUGUGAUCGCUGUGUUAAGCGAUCACAUGGCCACAGGGGUCCUAAUCUGCCGUGGGGAGACUGUCUGGGCUGCAGCCAGUCUCCCCACAACCGGAGGAACACUGAUCGCCGCCGGGGGAACGACGGCGAUCAGGUAAGUACCCCCAGACCGUUAGGACGGUUCAGGACCGUCAUCGGUCGGCAAGGCAAAAAUGCCGAUGACGGUCCUGAACCGUCCUCGGUCCUUAAGGGGUUAAAUCACUUUGUUUCUGUUUAUGCAGCCCUAGUCACACCUCACCUGGCUAUGAUUGACAGAGCCUGCAUGAAAAAAAAAAAACUGGUUUCACUUUCAAACACAUGUAAUUUACCUUAAAUAAUUGGAUCUCAAUCUCUAAAUUGAACUUUAAUCACAUACAGGAGACUCUUGCAGGGUCUAGCAAGCGAUUAACAUAGCAGGGGAUAAGAAAAUCUUAAUUAAACAGAACUUGCAAUAAAGAAAGCCUAAAUAGGAAGUGUUUAUGGAAGGCUGUGCAAGUCACAUGCAGGAAGGUGUGACUAGGGUUCAUAAACAAAGGGAUUUAACUCCUAAAUGGCAGAGGAUUGAGCAGUGAGGCUGCAGGGGCAUGUUCUAUACACCAAAACUGCUUCAUUAAGCUAAAGUUGUUCAGGUGACUAUAGUGUCCCUUUAAAGGGCAGGACAGACACAAAAUUCCAGUGAUUCCCCAUGGUGAGAUUCUGUGCAAUAGCAGAAACUAUCACAAACCUCUUUGUGAUGCUAUCUCUAAAGUAUUAAAGGAGAACAAUUUUAAAUGAACACUCCAAGUACGAAAACCACUACAGCUUGCCAGGACCGCGGUAUACAGGAAGUGCUCACUGAGAGAGCACUUCCUGUCAGUCCGCUCUGCUCAGCCAUGCUACAAGAGAGGUAAUAAGGCACACCGGGACGGACACACACACACACACACACACACACACACACACACACACACACACACACUAAAGGACAGGGAGAGAGAGAGACACUAAAGGUGUGUGGGGGGCGGGGAACCACUAAGGGACCGGGGUAGCGAGAGGUACACUAAGGGACAGGGAGGGGAAGGGAGGGAAGAUGAACACAAAUGGACAGGGAGGGGAGAGGUACACUAAGGGUGAGGGAGAGUUACACUAAGGGACAGAGAGGCGAGGGAAGGGAAAGGAACACUAAAUAUUCUUGAAAAAAUAAAAAUCUGACUGGCAUGUAUAUUUUGUACAUUUAUCACUUAAUAAAAAAAUUUGCAAAUGGUAAAUGUACAGAGAGUAUCGGUAAGUUAUCGGCUGUCUGCAUGAAAGUUCACGGAUUAUCGGUAUCUGCUCUAAAAAAAUCAAUAUCGGUCGAUCCUUAAUGUGAACACUGCCUUUUUUUCUAAAAUUUACAUUAAACAUUAGUUACAUUAGUUUACAUUAAAAAGCAUGCAGGGACAAGCAAUAGACACCAGAACACUAAGCUGUAGUCAUCAGAACAUUAAGCUGUAGUUGUUCUGGUGACUAUAGUGUUCCUUUUAAAAUGAAGGCAAUCCUGCUAAUUUGCCUUAUAGGACAGAAAUGUUUACUUGCUGUGGAGCCUAAGGAAGCAAUAGGGAAUAUGUUUAACCCCUUAAGGACACAUGACGGAAAUAUUCCGUCAUGAUUCCCUUUUAUUCCAGAAGUUCUGUCUUUAAGGGGUUAAUCCUUUCAGAUGAUUAGGAUGCUUCAGAAAGAGGGAAAUGCUGCUAGGAGUGUAUGACUGCAGACAAAGGAGAGACCUCUUUGAAAAUAAAUAAUUCACACGCCAAGCUGCUUUGCCUUGCACCAUUGUGAAGCAUUUACCCCCCUCUCAUGGUUCUUUAGACCACAGAAAGGAGGUUUUCAUUGCAAUCUCUCGUGAUAAGGAAAGAAUUUAACAAUAAGGGAAAGUUCACUGUUCGUGAAGUACAUAAAGAAGUGUCCUUGUAUUAAGCUGAAAACAAUAUUACAACUUCCCCUUGGACAAUGAGACACAGACCAUUUCAAAGGUUUUGUUAAAGCAGAAUUGUCACGAGAGACAGAGAAGACCGAUAAAUAGAUUUAUAUAUACGCAUACGUACCCACACAUACACGCAAUUUGCAUUGUAAUUAUAUUUACAAACGCAUAACACAUACAGUUUCCUAAAUGUAUUUCCUGGCCUGCAGACCAGCAGCUGCCUAUAUCAAUUUGAGUUAUUUUUCCAAAAAACAAAUACCAUGGGAGGUGUGGGGGUGGGAAGACAGACAGGGCUAUUCUCUCUCCGGGUAUAUGACUGAAAGAAGAUUGGAAGAAUUAAACUCAUCAGAAACAAAUGGCAUCUGCUGCCUUGGACUGAAAUGAACACUUAGUCAUAUACCAGGAGAGUAGCUGCGGAGAGAGACUUGCCCUGUCUCACUCUCCACCCCUCCCCUAGUAUUUGUUUUCUGGAAAAAUCAAUUAAUUGAUAUAGGCAAAUGCCACUAAUCUUGGGAAGGCCAGCAAAUAAUACUCGGCAAUGUAUCUUUAAAGGGACAGUAUAGUCUCAAUGACCACUUCACUUCAGCCCAUUGAAGUGGUCUGGGUGCAGUGUCCCUAUUGCACUUAGUGCUGCAAUGUUUACAUUGCCUCACUAAGUCUGCCCCCAGUAUCUGUCUCCCAGACAACCACUGGUGGCGCUUCCUGGAUCCUAAAGGACAUUUGGUCAAGUAACUGACGCUGGACAUUCUCAAGCUCUGCAUGAGGACAUCUAGCGUCAGAUGCAGAGGUCUAAUGCGCGCUGCGCAUACUCGCUAGUGGCCCGCUUGUCGCGGGAUGCCGGAAGAUCCGGUAAGUAAGCCUUUACCCCUUUAUUGACUGCAGUGGGGAGGAGAGGGGGGCAAGGGAAAUCAGUCUGUGUAAAUAAGAUACAUUCUUGUUGUGCUAAAUUACGUUUUAAUUGCAUUCAUGUUUAUUCGUAAGUCACCUAAAAUUUCUCAGAACAGCUCUGCCCAUGGCCACACUCACCCCUAAAAUUAAAUUGUCCCUCUUUGCUUAUUUAAAAUGUUGAAAGGUAUAGAUUAUGUAUAUCAAAUAUGUUAAUACUUUUGAUCUACUGUAUAUACUAAUAGGACUAAACACUGAAUUAUAUUAAAUUGGAAUCCAAUUUAGACUAAAAUAGCAAAGUUGUGACUACAGUGUAAUGGGCCGUUAAGCACACUAGGGGUUAAACAGCCGUUAAGAGGAUAUUCCCUUCCAGAUACACAGGCAGCUACUGCAAGCACCAAUCUCCCGAACAGGAAACACACAAAUUCUCCAACUCCCGAACCGGAUGCUGUAAACAGCCAAACAGGAAAAAACCAUACGAACAGUUUACACUCCUAGCAGUUGAACUGUAACAGCAUACAAUCAAAUCCCCAAGAACGGUACAACACUUCGUUUUGAGGGUCAAGCAGUGAUCUCUUUUACUGGGGCUACCUGCCCGGUAUUUAUGCAGGUCUUCCACCAGGUGGACACUACCCUAGGGGACCUGGUGGAAAACUGGGAUACAUAUUGGACAUUAACCAAUUACAGACAUACACCUUUAAACACUCCCACAAUUACAUCACAACUCCUCCUCUCUAUCCUGGAUAUAAUUGGGAAGUAAUCCAAGGACAGAAGCAAAACUCCAUUAGCCACAUGUUAGCAAAAAGACAUAAAAUUACUCAAUGUUGCAAAUAUUACAUAAAACAUAUACAUUCAACAUAUCCCCAGAUAGCUUAGAUCUGAGCGCACAUUAUUAACGAAUGGCACUCAGAUCACAUACAUAUAGUUCAAUCGCCAUGGAGCCAAAGUCUUUUGUUACACGAAUGGGCUCCAUGGCAUAGCUAUCUGAGGUAACACCGCUCACAUAGGGAAAGUACCGAACGGACAGCGUCCGUAUGAAUUGCAGGAGAAGGGAGGUCGGCGGCUGAGCGGUGUUCGUGAGUUUAAAUGUCCUUUGAGUUCCACAGUUCUGGAGCUGAACACCGCUGGCUGUUCGGGAGUUUAAGAUGGCCGCUGCCACGUGUUCGAUUAUACGAACAGCGGCCACCCAGCGUUCACCGAUUUAAGCUGCGGUUAACUUCUGGGAGGUAAAUCACUGGCACACUCCUUGCCCAGGUGGUCCCCCCAUUCGUGCGUUGGUUCGGUAGAUUCAAUCUACCGAACGCCCAGGCAGAAAGGCACGAACAAGCCUUUCAGCAGGGGAAAAGAACAGCGUUUAACAUGGGACCAUAGUCCAGAAGGAGCAGGCGAGCAACCAGGCUUCUCCAGUACUUCGUGACGAGGUUGGUUCCACCACAUACAGCUGAUUUAGACAGUGGCACUGGACAAAGCUCUGUUUAAUGCAUAUUUGGUGGCAAUAAAAGCAAAUACCACAGUGAUCAUUUCAGGAGUGUUGGGUAGUAAUAAACAAAGACAUCUGGAUGUACACAUUAGAAUUACAUUGCUGAAAUGUUUGUACAGCUGGAAACAGACCUUUCUGUAAAAGUGACUUUGUCACAGCAUGAUGACAUACAUGGGCAGGCCAGAGAAGGCUGUUUGCUAUUACAUAGCUAAGCAUUUUGUAUGAAAAAUGUAAUUGACCUUAAAAAUUCAUUUAUGUCAUUUUGUCUGCAUAUAUUUUUAUAUUGGUGACACAACCAGGAUUACUACAUUUAAUCUAUAAUUAUCAUAAUCCUCUACUGUAAGUGAGAAGUGUCCUCAUCAACCUAUUUUUCCAAAUAACAAUUUGUCAUUGUCUCAUUUAUUGUUAAAGGGAUUCUCAAGUGCCAGAAAAACAGAGCCAGUUUUCCUGCCACUGGAGAAUCCUGGAGUGCCCCCCAUCCAUAUGUAAUCUACCUAUGACGUUAACCCUCUCUAACUUUAAACUCCCCCUUUAUAACUAUAUUUAAAAAAACGGCAACGGUAGGCUGGCCUGCAUGAUUGUAACAGCAGGUUGAACUGCCUUUUCAAGCAGACCUGCCUCUUUUUCAGGCAAAUCUGCCCACUUUGCAGUUUCACAUUGCUGACCCUUGACCUCCACCAUUAUGAUCUAUGGUUUCUGUAAUGAUGGAUAUGUUAAACCAAACACUGCAAGUGCAUAUUGGUCCAGACGGACCAAGGAGCUGUGACAUCACCAGCAAGAGAGAAAUCUUUUAGAAUGAGAAUGGUCGGACAGAGCAGUCAAGGUUAACUAGAAAGCUGCAAAACGUCAUUUUCUCCCCCCCACCCCCCCCCCAAGCACUAUAUAAAACUGAGUGUGUGUUUUAAAAAAAUAAUAAUGCAGCUAAUUAUUUAGGCAAAAAUAUUUUUAAAUUGUCCUCUGCAUAUUAAUUACACUAGUAUAAACACUUUCCCAUUUCUGUCCAGUGAGUUACUUGUCUUGAACUAUUGACAUAGUGGUCCAGCAAAUACACCUUACCUGCUUCUUUGGCGAUGCAGCAAGACGUCAAAGUCUGACUAUAUCACAGCUAGUUGUGGAAGUUGGGAAUAAAUUAAAUAUAUAACCUCUUUUAUAUCUGUUUCCGCAGGUGCCUUUGUGAUUUGUUGGACCCCUGGUCAAGUUGUCCUCCUCUUGGAUGGUCUUGGAUGCACCCAGUGUAAUGUCCUGGCUGUUGAGAAAUAUUUCCUUCUCCUUGCUGAGAUAAACUCUGUCAUUAAUCCUAUUGUAUACUCCUAUCGAGACAAUGAGAUGAGGAUUACCUUCAAGCGCAUCCUAUGCUUCUGCUGCAACAGGGGGUCAAAAUACUCGCCUUCAGUUAAGUCAACAAAUACGGAGAGGAGAAUAUUGGCUGACAAUGGGCAUUUGGUACGAGACUCUUCCAUUUAGAGUAAUAUUCGCACCUGACUUUUCAGAGCAAGAAGAUUGCACAUGGGGCACUUUCCAAAGAUACCACAAACGAUACGUAAAAGCCUGUUGAACACGGGAUGAGUGGAAUUUUGUCUGGACUCUACUAUGGAGAUCUGUAGCUCCAUUUGUUAUACACCAUCAAGAAGAAAAUGAGUUGCAGAGUUUAGUCAUGGGACUAAACCAUGAUCUUGUUUGGAAAUGUGCACCAGCAUGAACAAAUUUGCAGUUAUAGAGUGGACGUAAUUAUUCACCUAGUAUAUGGAAUUUACGUGACUAUUCAUAUCAGCUGUUACUACUUACAACUGUUGAUGCAACUUUACUUUUGACUUAGAUUUUUGUCUUCGAUACAAACAAAUUAGAAGUUUUUACCCGUAAAGGUUAAAGAGUUAGCGGCAUAAUUAAUAUCUCCCAUUGCAAAUAGUUUAUUACAUUGCAUAACAGUAGAAAAUAUUUUUUUACAAAGGGCAAACGGAAAUUAAAUACGGAGCUGCAGGAUGCAAAAGGGAAUGUUUACAGCUAUGUCAUGUUAAUAUUUUAGUAUUUCAUUUCUGAUUGGCUGUCAAACACUGAAUCAAAACGUACGGAAGUUCUGUUUCUUUUUCUCUUGCAUCAAGUAUACCCAUUAUAUGAACUACUUCUCACUGCCUUCUUAGAAAGCUCUUUCACCAGGUCAUUCUAAACUAUCCAACUCUUUGGUAAAUCUUUUUGUUUUGAACACUAAGCAAUAUCAGUAGAUUGCUAAAAGCCAUGGUGCAACAAAUAAUAAACAAGAGGAUGUAAAACAGUGGGAGUUGCUAAGUCAUUGUAUGUCACAAUACAGCUAUUUCAAAAUACAGAGGGAACAGGAAGACGUAAAAUGAUUAAAGAGGAGAAAGUGUUAGGAAAUGUGACAGGGGUUUGGUAAACCUGGGAGCUUUGUGGCAAAACGAGGCAUUCCCUGCCACCUCUCCCCACCCUCCAAAAAAAAUGUUAAAUCUCCAAAGCCUAAUAUUAUGACAAUCGUGGGACCUACUUACCACACUGUCUGGGACUGUCUCCUUCCUGCUCUCAAAUGGGCAAGUAAUUGGGGGUGGGGAUCACAAAGGAUCCCAGGUUAACUUGUAGAGAAGAGCUGUUCUGAAGCAACAGUAAUGAAUAAAAAGGUAUAUGUGGUAAAAUAAAAUUAGAACAUAUAAGUAUGUUUUAGGAUGGCCUAUGGAAAGUAGUUGGAUGGUUUAUACAUGACAACAUUUUUGGAAUGUUAUAUGGAACAAGAAAUGUCAUUUUGUACAAAUGGAGACAAAUUUUAAAGAGGAAAUAUCUCUUACUUCGUGAAAGUGGAGACAAAUUUAAAAGAGGAAAUAUCUUACUUUGUGAAAGUGGUUUGGCCAGGCUUCAAAGGGUUUGAUAUUUUUCUAGCGGGAUAUUAUGGCAGAAACAAAGCCUCUGAAACCCAAUUCUGGCAUUUUAUACCUGCUACUUAGGCAGCCUUGUAUAAAGAUGUGAACGGUUUCUCCUGUAAGCAAA